AGGUCCCCUUUCAAGGCGUAUUCAGGUUGUCAGUCCUGUGUUCCACCCAUUCCCUCACUGCACACCUUGCUACUCCACCUGUCCCAUUCAUGAGCAGGAUCCCUCCUGAGUAACACUGAUCACCUUGUUCGCCUUGCGACCUCUCAGGUGAGUCUUACCUAUUAGGUGCAGCUUGUAAGGGAAUGUCAUGUUUUGCUUUGAAUUCAUUAUAUCGCUGUGGCUCCUGCACGGCGUUGCAUUAGUUAAUGAUCUGUUAAUUAUUCAGUGUUUUGAUUGCUCAGGUGUUAAUGGUUUAUAAGAGGGUUACACUGCCGUUACUUUAGAUUCCAUGAUUCCAUUUAGGCUCCCUGUACUAGCAACACAUGUCAAUGAGUAUGCAUUACUAAUACGAAUCACUCCACGUUAUCUGUCCUUUUACUAAACUGAGAUUAGCUGGAUUAAUAAACUACCAGAAAUCCGGUCCCCGCUGCUGAAUGAAUGGAUUCUAUUAAAGUAUUACAGAUAAAUGCCCAGUGCAGUGGGACAAGUUGGAUAUUUGGCUCCUAGGAUUUAUUUCAUCAUACUUGUAAAAUUAUCUAGAAAUUUGUGUUUUUUACGUCCAAAAACACGGAGGUUUUUUUUUUUUUUUUUUUUAAAUAAAUAAUCAAGCACUUUGUAGUGGGUUAUGCAUUGUACUGAGACAUGCAAUCUCGUUUGAGCUGGAUCUUUAAUUAGACUCAAACUAAUCAAAUGAUUGAGCUCAAUGAGAGUUGAAAUCUUCAGCCAGUUGAAUACUAGAAGUCCAUAUCCCUAGAUUUUUAGCUGGAUACAAUGUUCACAUAUGAUGGGGUUAAUUUGCUGAAGAUUUAUACACAAACACUGACUGACAUUGACUUGGGUGUGUUAAUGCCUACAAGGCUUUUUUUUCACAAAAAUGAGUCAAACCCUAACAAAGAAAAACAACUUUAUUAAACAUUUUUUACAAACAUAAUUUAAUUUGAUUUAGACAGCUUACAUUUGAAUAACAGCGCACUGUUGUUAUAAGCUUUCAUUGCACAUAAUAUUUCUGUUCAAAGAGUUAGCUAUCUUGGCUUACACAUACCUCUAACUGUCCAAGCCCUUCCAUGAACUAGUAUUUAAAAAAUUCCAUUUGUAAAGGAUGGAUUGGAUUCUGAGGACAGUGCUGCUUAUAUACUCUGAUACCAUUAUUUUCAUGAGCAUUCAACUUGAUCCUGAUGAAAGUCCCUGAUGGGACUGAAACGUUGAUCUGAUUUUUAAUGGAUUACUAAUAAACUGUAAAUUUUAACCUUCAAAAGUCCGAGAGUGCUGAUCACUGCCUGUACAUAUUUGAAAUUUUCCCGGCAAACAGUUCACUAAGUGUGAGUGCAAGGACUGACUACAUUUUUAAAUAUAUAUAUUUUUACAAAGGGAAUUGUGUUUUCAGUUGCUGUAAACCAGAGACUGUUUACACACUAUUCCUAACUGGGAUUCUAUUUACUAAACUAAAAACUGAUUUGCAAAGUGAAUAGCCAUGUGUGAAUUGUUUAAAAAUUUAAAGUGGAUUCCCAAAUUUAGGCCCUAAAUAGUAAAAAAUGCUAUUUUUGCAGAUACGAAGUUUCAGCUCUAUUCUUCCCUAAAACUGAAAAUUUGCUCUGAAUUCCCGUUCUGUUUAGUGAAUAACCCUACUAGCGUUUUCAUCUUUAAGGUCGUAGAUGCUGACUUUUCAAUAUUCAUAUGGUUCACUUUUCUAUUUACCACUGGCCUAGUUAAGAAAAAUUCACUGCAUUCUUAAUAGGUUUAUUGUUUUAAGCUGAAAGAAGAUAGCUACGUCAAUGAUCUUGUAAUGGGCCGAUUUUACAAGCAAACUGCAGAAUUGGAAAGUGCUUCUAAUGGGCUUUUUUUACGAUUCUUUUGGAUCAACAGCAAAAACAGAUGUGAGAAAAGCUGUUGUUUUUUUUUUUACUGCCUUUAUAACUUUAUUCAAAUUAAAAAAAAAAAAUGAGAAGGGGAAGACACAGGAAUUUACCAAUAUUAUGCCAAAAGGUGUCUGGAGCUGUAUCAACACUAGAUCAUGUGAUACACUAUACAAAGUGUUUAAUAACACACUGCUAAAAUCAAACUAUUAGAUUAACAAAUUCAGUUUAAUAGACAUAUCUGGCUUCCAAUAACUAUAUGCCAUCAUUUUUAGAAAAUACAAUGUUUUCAGAAAUGAAAAAUGGCAAAAAAAAAGUCUUCUUGUUACAAUGCUCUUUGUCAUUGUGGUUUAGAGAUGUUGUCGUUAGUCAUCUAUUAACUGAGACAAAUAUUUUUGUUCCUACACCCUGUCAUUAUAUUCAUUAUUCCCACGCGUUUCUAUAGCUUUUGGGAUGGGGACAGACAUUGAACAGAUUCAAUGCAAGGUAUAUGGAGAAUAAAUUGUUAAAGUGGAUAUGCCAUCUAUUUCUAUGAUAUACAUAAUAUACAUUAUAUAUUAUAAAAAUUAUUUUCUAGAGGAGGCAACCGUAUUAAAUGGACAAUAUGUAAUCAAUCCCUGCUACCUCAUGUAUCAGAUCUCCAUCAUAUCCUUUAGACUGUAAGCUCACAGGCUAUCUAACUAAGCACUUUGUAUAAAAUAGCUUCAACGGGUAGAUCUCAGCUCAUGGGCAGGGCUCUCUCUACCUUUUUUUUACUGGUCUGUGUAGAUUGUAUGUCCUACCCUAAUAGUACAGCGCUGCAGAAUAUGUUGGCGCUUUAUAAGUACAAGUAAUAAAUAAAUAAUCAAACCCAUGUUUUGCAAUUUGUGAUAAAGACAAUGGAUUAAAAAUAAAAAUUUGUGAAGUUUCUAUGUCUGCUGAAAAUCUCCAGAUGUCUGUAAUGACCCUACCCAGGCUAGGAAGUCACUGAAAUUACUCAGAAAAACCUGAAUGAUAGAACAAUACAAACUAACAGAACCAGUAGAACGGCUUCUAUUACUAUCCCAAAAAAUAUCUAUUUCUAUAUUUUGGAACUAAUUCAGCUCACCUACUGUGUGUGUAUUACCUAUGGUAAUCUGUUAAAAAACAUUGUGAAUGCAAUGGGACUUUGAGUGCAGCAAUAUGCCAUUGAAUGAACUGUCAAGUUAUUUAAAAUAUUUUAGGUAUUUAUAACCACUCCUCACAUACAAAAAAUAUUUCAUGGUCAAAAAAGAACAAGUUUCUGUGUCUCUUGCUCUUUUAACACCAUAUUUUUCCCCUUUGCAUAUAAAGGGUAGCACAUAAGCACUUAGUGUGCUUGGCUCAGCAUUAUGGCUGGACAUGUAAUACAAAACGGAUUUCUACUUACUCAAACAAUGCAGCCAGAAAGUGGAGUUUUUCUACAAAAGCGUUUUUUUCUGGAUAAUAUAGUAAUUUUGUUUGUUUUUGUUUUGUGUUGUUGCUUCUUUUUUUUGGAGAAAAAAAAAAAAGAAUUCAUGAAACAAACACUGGGCAGAUAAGGAAAGCUAAAUUCUUGUGCAGAAAACAUUCCAGAUCUCUGAUAAACUGUAACCUUGUGUUCACCUUAAACAUUACUCCAUGCUAGCACAGAGACUUAAUGUGGUGCUGGGGAAAAGGUAACUUCCCCUGCUGUUAAACCUUGAUAAUGACGAAUAAAAUGUUUUACCCUUAAAAGCACACACAUAUUUAUUUAUUUCACAUCCUACUGACAAAUAGUUGUCUAUAUAUUAUUGUACAUUGAAGGACCACUAUAGGCACCCAGACCACUUCAGCUCAAUGAAGUGGUCUGGGUGCCAGGUCCCCCAGGUUUUAACCCUUCAGAUGUAAACAUAGCAGUUUCAGAGAAACUGCUAUGUUUACAUUGCAGGGUUAAUCCAACCUCUAGUGGCUGUCUUCCUGACAGAUGCUAGAGGCGCUUCUGCGACGCUGAAUGCGAAAAUCACAUUCAGCGCGCAGAACGUCCAUAGGAAAGCAUGCGCAUGCGCAUUCCGCCCCAGUCACGGGCUGACGUCGAUUUAAAGUAAGUAGCUGAAGGGGUUUGAAGGGAGGAGGGCCCUGAGGGUAGGGGGGGACCUAAGGGUUAUAUAGUGUCAGGAAAACGAGUGGUCCUUUAACAAGAAAAUUAGGGGCGGUCAGUAGAGUAACAUCACUUUGGAAAAAGACACAAUUCUGCAAAUGUUUAAGCUGUGUGUAUAGUUGUAGAAUUCGCCUAUCCCCCACACCUGUUUACAAGCACCAAAAAAAUGAGGAAGCUUUUUGAAGGUCUAUAAAAAUAUGAUGGUGUCUAUUUCAAAAGAAUUUGAAUGCUGUGAGUUAUGUUGGCCGUCACUUUAAAAUCCUGCUCAGUGCAAGACACUAUAGUUUUGCAAAAAUAUGUCGAUCUGCCUACCUUGGAUGUAUAAGAAAGGAAUUGGUACCUAAAAAUUAGGGAACAAGUGAAGCCGAAAGGAAAAAUAAAAUAAAGUGGAAACAUGGAAAAUAGGAGUAUCUAAAACAGGGAUCUUAAACGCUAACCACCAGAUGUUAGAUGGUAAUGACCUAGAAAUUAAGGAAAAAAUUUAUUGGACAAAUAAAAAUUAAAUUUUUUUUAUUUUUACUUGUCCAAUACAUUUUUUCCUUCAUUUGAUCCUAGUGUUCCUGAUACUAUAUUGGAUCUCGAAAGUCAUCUGCAAGUGGUAUCCAUAGCCUUUGGGCGUAGUAUUCAGAGCCUGGUAGGCUCUACAAUCCGCUCCGCACUCGAAUUGUUAAUAAAGAGCCCAUUCGUAAGUAUAACCUUAUAUAUGCACUAUAAGGGUGUUGUUUACCUUGAGGUUUUUUUUGUCAUAUUGUGUGAACUUGUGAUUAAAUUAACUAUCACUAAAAUGUAAUUUAGAACAAGCACAAUAUAUUUUAUCCACACACUGUUUUCUAAAUAUAAUUAUUGUAGUUUAAAGACAAUUUACUGUAAGUAUUAUUGCUAUGGAACGCUAAGAGGGCCUGCUUCCCCUUAAACAAACCAGUCACAAAUCCAUGAUUAGUGGAUAGGGCAAUAGCCACAGCUUUAUUGAAAAAUACAUUCACAAGCCAGUAACCACCUGUCAGUUGUUUGGGGGAUUACAAUACGGACAAGUAACCCAACUUGAAUCCACGAUUCCUGCUUAGCCUGCCUUCUGCCAUGCUUUGGGCAACGAACUGCAACUUACAUUUGUGCUGGCCUGGAUAUGUGCCAAACUGUGACAACAACAAAAAUAUACAACACAAACAAAGAAAAACAAAGCACCAACAAUUCUUGCACCAGGGCCCUCCCUACAUUAUUCCGCCACUGGUGAGAUAAAUAGUAAUCUAGGUUGAGAAAAGGCUCAGGUACACCAGUUCUGCUUGGCUUGGUUGGAUUGGAUUGAGAGGAUAGCCAGACAUGGGGGUGAGGAAGGCUGAAUAUAUUGCACAAUAAAGUAACGGUGAAUAUAUGUUAUCAGAAAUACUGUGCAAGAUGUAAACAGAUAUCUCAUUCUCAGUAACUAACUAUUCAGUCUGGCGACAUCUCUGAAAUGUUUUAAUUUCUCAUGAUAUUCAGAUUGCAAAACAGCAUAUGAUAAAAAAUGUUCUGUCUGUCUAACAUCUCCUCUUUGCUGCUGGUAGACAUUUUCUGCUGAUAAACAUUCUUUAUUUCAGUUGGCAGACUUGAAAUAGUUAUGUUAUAUAUCUAACACAGGCAGUUUAUAUGUUUUUUAAGUUGACAUUGCUAACUUAAAAAAUUGGGGGACAUGUGAUUAUAUAUGUUUCUUUCUUAGCAAGAUAUUGCACCUCUGGCUGCAGGAAAGCAAAAUUUUCGAUGUAAAUGCAAGUUCUAAAGAAUAGAUAACGGUGUAUUUUGGAUGCUUAGACUGUGAUUAUCACAAACCAGCGGACACUGGCAUAUAGAAUUAAACAAUAAGUGAUAUUGAGAGGGUUGUUAAAAAAAUAAAGGAAAAAAGAAUACGUCAAAAUCUUCUCACAUAAGUGAGGAGAGGGCUCCCUGGAUAUAUACCAGUAUCUAAAGUAAUUGUAGACAAAUGUAACAAAAACUUAACUUAUAAGCAAAAUGGCUCUAUACAUAAAUUCCUUAGCCUUGUAAGGCUAUUUCUAUAUUAGGUGAAACAGGUCUACCACAUGACUGGCUUAAUUGUUGGUAAAAAGUAGAUCCAGUGUAAGGUAGAUACUGUAUGUAUAUUAGUAAGAUUUGAGCAAAUAUCAUCACAGUAUGUGGAUCCAAAUAAUAUACAAAGUAAUUAUGCCAAUAGUAUCGAUAAUACUAGCAUGUGUUACUUCUGAUGUUGUGAUAGUAAUUGCAGGAUAGUACCAAUAUAUGUACAAAGAUAUACGUCUGUCAAGUGCUGUGCUUAAUACAGAGUCAAAGGGUGUGUUAACUCAGCAUGGCUGGUCUUCGCAUAGACUGGUAAGAAGGAGAUAUAAGGAGGAAAAUUGUAGUAAGCCUCUCUCCCUUUAAAUCUGACUAGAUAGAAAAUUAGGGGAAAAAAAGAGGAAGAAAUGAUUGCAACAGAAACUUAAAUUAUUUACAAACUAACUAUAUACGUAAACAACUUAGCCUUAUAAGGCUAAUCCUAUACCUGAUGUGACAGGUCUACUAAACAGUGCACAUGACUGGCUUUAUUAAAAAUCAGCUAAAAUAAGCCUAGUAUAAAGUAGAUCCUGUGUAUAUUUCUAAAUCAGACUUAUGCCUGAGAUGGAGCAAAAAAUCAUCACAAAAAAUGUAUCCAGGUGAUACAAAUAGCAAUAAUGUCAAUAGUAUCUAUGAUACUAGCAUGUAUUGCUAGUGGUGUUGCAAUGGCAUUUGCAAAUUAGUCCAAUUAAAAAUAUAUGCGUGUGUCCAAUGCUGUGUGUGUCCAAGUAUGUAAGCUCAGCAUGGAAAGUCUAAGUAUGAAAUGACAGAAAGGGAUAUGAAAGGAAAAAAUGAUAGUAAGCCUCUCUCCCUGUAAAUCUGACUAGAUAGGAAAUAGGGGGGAAAAAAGAGAUUAAAUUAGCAGCAUAUCACUCGGUCGGUGUCUAGUUAAAAAUGUUUGGAUACAGCCAAACCUGCAUAAAGUGCCCAGAUAAAAUAAUCCAACACCAUGCCCAUAGUCUCAAAGUGAGAUUAGAGAUAACCUGACACGCGUUUCGGUGCAUAAAAGCAAUACUGGUAAAAAAAAGCACUUCUGUGGAGAAAUCUGAAAGAGUAUUCUACUGGUUGCCUUGGUGACUGUUCCACUUUUCAUACCUCUCAACAGGCUCGGGUUUUGAAGGGACCUUCACAAAUGUCCUGCUACCACAGAUUGGAUGAAGUUAGCAAAAUGUGCAAUGAAAGCACAUUAUUAAAUGUGCUUGCACUGUGUUAGGUAAACUUGCCUGCCCACUGCCUGACGCCCACUGAGCGCGAGAGAGUUCUUCAAUAGUGUUAAGCAUGUGGACAUCCCUGAAUGGUGGUUGGCCCAUGGUACUGUCAGUGAGAAUCGUGUACUUCAAUCAUGACAUUAUGUCAACUGGUGCUGUUAUAGUCCCAUUGUAAAACUGGAAUGUGCUGUCGAAUAUGUAUAAUGGAUAUGGAACUUUCCGGUUUUAUGAAGGGGCGAGAUUAAAAGAUCCAUACAAGACUUGACACUUACAUGACUCCUAUCAUGUAACUGAAACAUUAACUUAAAGGGCCAUCAAGAAUGCAUACAAUGUUUAAAGUGACAUGGACCCUUAUUGUUUCUGUACCCAUCUAGCAUUGAUUUAAUUAAUGCUCAUGAUUUGCAUUGUACUAUUUAGUGUUUCAAAAAAAUAUAUAGUACCUAGCUUGACCUUUUAUGUUGUUACGAUGCAGAUUCAUAGUAUGAUUAAUAAUGCUGAAACCAAAUGUCAAAUGGGUGGAAUUUCUUCACCAAAGUGAUGACAUCAGGGGACACAAGAAUGCUAAGCACAUGACCACUGUACCUUUCUUAACUUGCUUUGCUCUCUGUAAAUACAAACUGCAGGCAUGACACAUAUAUAAACCACUACUGAAGGAAUGCAUAGCAAUCAUAGUUUCUCAAUAUGUGAUUUAAAGCCAGGCAAAAUCACGGCAUAUUUACUUCUGAUUGCAUGUCUCCUAGCAUUAGGGUGUAUUACAGCAGGAUGGAAGUGUGGGAGGUUUCUGAAAAUGUCAGCAAUGCAACACACAUCCCCGCUAAAGCUUGGUAUGAGGCACUGCUAAAAAAAAAGGGGGGGGGGGCAUGUCACCCAACCACAACUGCCAAACAUCUGAGACUGCACAGACCAUUACACAAGUCCUUGCAUGGGCAGAAAUGCCUUUAAAUUGGUAAUUGAAUAAAAUAAAAGGGGUCCAGGCACUCCUUGGUUCAAGACAGGCACUUUAUUGCAACCACAGCAACGUUUUGACCGAAUAGGUCUUUAUCAGCUUGAUAAAGACCAAUUCGGUUGAAACGUUGCUGUGGUUCCAAUAAAGUGCCUGUCUUGAACCAAGGAGUGCCUGGACCCCUUUUAUUUUAUUCAAUUGAUCUUUGGAAUCUGGUGUUUGGUUCUGGUACAGUGAGCACCCUGGCUCUGACUGAUGGGAGUGAGUGCAGUUCUAUAAAAAAAAAAUUAAAUUGGUAAUACCAUUCUUACACUGCACUGUCUGGGGAUUUUUCCAUUUUUCCAGAGUGUCACAGAAACCAAAACUGUAACUGUGCCAAUGGAUCCAUGUGGAUAACUCGUCUAUCGAAAUUCUCCAAACUCUACAAAUCCUCUACAACAACAAUGUCCCUACAUAGAGCGAUUCACACCAUAGAGAAAUAGUGAUCCAUAUAAUUUCAUAUUGCAUCUAUGCUAAUAUAUAUUUUAUUUGCUAAAGCGAGGAUUUGGGGGAACUUAAAGUAAAAUUUCAAAUUAAAGUUUAUUAUAUUUCAAAUUAAAGUUUAUUAUAUUUAAUGAAACCUAAAGAUAUUCUUUUUCAAUUAAGUGUAUUGAUUUUUUUGAGAAAAUGUCACUUUUUAACAAAAACUAAAGAAUAUGAGAACUCUGAGUUCAAAACGGACAAAAGCUUAGAGAAACUCGGAAGCUUGCCUUUCGGUAAAUCCCCGCUCAGAUCUCAAAAUAGUUUACUUACUUGUGCCAUUACAGGGAGAACAUAUUCUAAAGCAUAUCAGCCUGAUCUCACCCUUAAAGGCAGUCCAAAACCGAAAUGUCAACAAGUUCUUGCAUGAGCGACACAGCAACCCCAGAAAAUCGUUUAGGCCCUAAAAGUCCCAUUAAAUUCACUUAGAAAUCCUGACAAUUUUCACUUUAAUGAAUCACUCUGUAAGUGUUAUCUAUCCAGUGAAAUAUGGCUUUUUAAAACAAGUGUCAAGAGUGUUGUAUAGCUUGGAGGAAAGAUGAGACGGGGGAUAUGAUAGAAACAUUUAAAUACAUAAAAGGAAUCAACAAAGUAAAGGAGGAGACUAUAUUUAAAAGAAGAAAAACUACCACAACAUGAGGACAUAGUCUUAAAUUAGAGGGGCAAAGGUUUAAAAAUAAUAUCAUGAAGUAUUACUUCACAAAGAGAGUAGUGGAUGCAUGGAAUAGCCUUCCAGCUGAAGUGGUAGAGGUUAACACAGUAAAGGAGUUUAAGCAUGCGUGGGAUAGGCAUAAGGCUAUCCUAACUAUAAGAUAAGGUUAGGGAAUAGUGAAAGUAUUUAUAAAAUUGGGCAGACUAGAUGGGCCGAAUGGUUCUUAUACGCUAUCAUAUUGUAUGUUUCUAUGUUAAAAGCCCCAAAUUUUGAUGGACACGUACAAUGUACAUUCCAGAUCUGCUGAGUGAGAAAUUAAAAUGAACCUGUUAUGAAUAAUUUAAUUUACCUGCAAUCACCUGCACCUCCUGGCCAUCCUUCACUCCUGCACCUCCUGGCCACCUCCUGGCCAUCCUUCACUUCUUUGGUUUGCCCUGCUUGGGACACAUCCUCAAAUCUUGUCAAUUAGUGACAUUACUCCGUUCCUAUACUCCCUAACCAGCACUAGAAGAGCCGGGUAGGGAUUUUUCAUAGCAUCCACUGUGCAUGUACUGUGGAUCCUAUGGGUGGAGAACUGAAGGACCUUCUGUGAGAGGUAUUUUCUGCUGGGAGAAAAAAAUAAUUAUUUUUUUCUCCUAAUCUAUAGGUUUUUCUCCUAAUCUAUGCAAUUGUUAGCAAGCUGUUAGCACAAUUUAUAGAUAACAUUUUAUGCUCAAUCUAAUGAACAUAAAUUGUUUGGGGCAUGAUGUGCCUUUUAAACUACAUUUCGUGGGACCUUAAAAGAGAUUUUAAAAAAGUGUAUCAGAAGGCUUCUUCAGUGUAGACACAACAUUUAAAAAUUCAAUCCAGUCUUGCAUUGGCUCCUGUUAAAAGAAAAAAAAGAAAAUAGUUAAACAGUGGAAUAGCGAGCAAAGUGGGCAACCACCAACAGGCUUUAGUCAGUGGGCAGCCAUGGACAAGGGAGCUUGAUAGGCACACAUUGCUCUCUGUAGUAAGUCAAAGUCCUGCACGUCAUUGGUGAUGACAAAAUUAAUUUCGAUUUAAGGCCAAAGUAGCCAUAAUAGAAACAUAGCUGACUUGGAGAAUAUUUACAGUUUGGCUAUUUUGGUCUUCGUUUUGAAUUCCUGACAAUUAUCACUUUAGGGAAUAGUUCCGUAAAAAGUGAAAUGUGGUGAAUUCCUAAGCUUAUUCCAUUAUGUAGACCAAAACAGCAAAAUUUCAGAAAGUCUCCCAUUCAACUCUUUUUUUCUCAAGUCACUUAGGUAUUGCAAUUUCCUUACCAAUUGACCUCAGUUCACUUUUUAGUGAAUAGACCAUUUAGUAUGCUAGCGUAGUCCUGUACAGCAGAUAUUAAAAUGAAUGGGGAUCUAGACAUGUUUAUAAUUAUUUUUAUUAUUAUUUUUAUAAAAUAUUCAGCCAUGGACCUACAAUCUGGAGCGGAGCGCAAAUAAAGAACUUGCCCCGGGGCUCCUCGUGACCUUGCUAUGCCUCUGAAUAUAAAGAUAGUCCCCUUUGAAGUUCUUGCAUAUUUUUCCAAUUUAAAUAUACAAAGCGCUGCUUUUUGUGGGCUUACCAAAAGCAAGAAAAGCUUGAGUUUCCAGCUGAACCUGCAGCAGCUCCAGAGUAGCAAUUCAGUUGCUUCAAAUAGACAAAACAAAGACAUCUGGGUCCACAUAUUUUCUUUUACACACCCCAACACUUUUGUUUUGCUAUUUUUAUUUAGCAAUGAUGUUUUAUUUUUGUGGUUUGUUUCUGGCAUUUUGACCACCAGUCCCGACUAGAAGAUAAUAUUCAUAUGAUUGCAUAUUGUAAUGGCAAAUCAAAGGUUAACUCUUUAUUGUUCUUUUAUUUUAAAUUAAAACAACAAAUUGCUGUGUUGACACAAACUGGAAUCGGGUUCCAGUGCAAACUGUCCCCUUUUGUUCCAAACAUGCCUAUGUAUUGCAGAGAAAAGGUCAAAUAUUGCUCAGUGGGCAUGCAGGUGCAGUGUAUUGGAAAGAUAAUGGCAAUGGUGACCUGGAAGGGAAUUAAAAGCAAAGCAUAUUUUAUAUAUAUUUUUAAACAGAGAACAUUUACUUUAGUGAGGGACGGAGUAUUACCAACAUCUAAAAGCUACCUGUCUUCAUGGGCGUAGGAACCCCCAAAAAUCUGGGGGGAUAUCAUUUUUACUCGCCGGGUAUAUUUUGAUUCCGUAAACUAGGAGUUGGUUAUCCCAUUGUACAGUGCUACGGAAUUUGCUGGCGCUAUAUAAAUGAUAAAAUAAUAACAUUAAAGGGUCACUACAGGGAAGGGGAUUUACUUACCCAGAUGCCGCGCCCCCUAUUUCAUCAAAAUGACGAAAUAGGAGGGUGCGAGCAGGGAGCAUUAAAACACUUCUAUUCAGAAGCGCCAUUGCUCCCUGGUGCGCAUGUGCAGCUUUGCCGCACAUGCGCAGAUACCUCAUAGGGCGGCAUUCUUGUCUCGACUAGCGAGCACCUCUAGUGGCCAUCUGAGUGUCCACUAGAGGUAUUCCUCAGCAGUAAUGUAAAUACUGCCUUUUUAACGAAAUGUCAGUGCUUACAUUAAAAAGCCUGCAAAGACAUGCUAUAGACACCAGAACUACUACGUUUAGCUGUUGUGGUUCUGGUGACUAUAGUGUCCCUUGAAAAUAGAGGGGGAAAAAAGAAUCAUCACAAAUGUAAGAAAUAAAAUGUCUGUAUCAUUAUUCUAAAAAGUAUUAAAAAAAAAAUGCACAUUCCUAGCUUAAUUUUUAGCACGACAUUUUGUACUUUGCAGAUUACUUUUUAUAUUUUUUAUACAUAUACAGAUUGUGUAAUACUGCCCCUGACUUAGGGUGACCACAUUUCUUAACUGCCAUUCAGUGACACUUUCAGAAGUGCAUUCCAUACAUUUUACUACCUGUCUCUACCCCUUCCAUUUAUAUUAGAACCCCACCUACCCCUUCCAUGAAUAUUAGAACCACCCCUACCCCUUCCAUGAAUAUUAGAACCACCCCUACCCUUUCCAUGCACAUAAGAACCUCACCUACCCCUUCCAUGCAUAUUAACCCCCCCUAACCCCUUCCAUGCAUAUUAGUACCCCCCUAACCCCUUCCAUUCAUAUUAGUACUCCCCUAACCCCUUCCAAUUAUUUUUCUACCUUCCCUCUCCUCCCAUCCAUAUUAGUAGCCCCCCUAAACCCUUCCAAUUAUUUUUCUACCUACCCCUCUCCCCCAUCCUUAUUAGUAGCCGCCCUAACCCCUUCCAAUUCUUUUUUUUACCUCCUCCCAACCAUAUUAGAAGCCCCUAAACCAUUCCAAUUAUUUUUCUACCUUCCCCCUCCUCCCAUCCUGUUUUUUUUUCUUUUCAGAGGUGACCAGCUCUGCUCUCCCCACUACAAAUUGUUGUCCCCCCCUUUUACCUGACAUAGCAGGGGGACCUCUGGACGUCUGGCGGGCGCAUUGUCAGACUGAGCGCCGGGUAGUCACGUGACACCCGGCGCUCCUGCACAGAGGGGGAGGUGCUCUCCUUCCCAGUCUGCUGUCCGUGAGGUUCCCUGAUGGAGCCACCCGCGGUCGGCGGAGCUGGGGGGGAUUUCUCUAUAACCUGUCCCCCCCUGCAUGAUUUGCUGGGGGGGGGGGGAUGCAUCCCCCCAUCCCCCCUGGUUCCUACGCCCAUGUCUGUCUUCUCUAGCUUGAGGUUCAUUCUCUGUCACGUUUGGUAUAAGGAGUCCUUAUAAAUACACUAAUAAGGAUCUUACAGGAAAAACAAACAAUGCUUGUCCCAUACUUUCCAUAAAUGCAUAUUUCACACAUCAAACUUCUCAUUGUAUAGAUCAGUUGUCCAUAGGAUUUCCACCCAGUGACUAUUUGACCAUGUUUGCUGUCUUUCGGAAUCUGACAUGGUGCUUGAAAAUCAAGUUUGACCAGUUUAUCCAGGGAGGACACAAGUGUCAUUUGUAUCAUGCUAGUGUUUAUUUCCCUACGUGACGGAAGAUGCAUAUCAUUCUGCUUUUGUUUAUAUGCAUUGGUGCAAAGGCCUAUGAUACAUAAAUAGCACUAAUGGGAGUUGUACUUGACUGCAUUUUGACUGAAAGAGGUUGCUAGACCUAACCUCAAAUCACAAAAAAAACAUUGAGGUAUAUUUAUAACUGGAAAUCAGGUAGUAUUCUGGGUGCAAAGGGGCAAAUAUUAACAGGCAUUUUAUAGGAUACCAUGGCGAUUGCUCCUUAUCAAGUAUUUUGUCCCAGAAUAGCACAAGUUUUAGCCUUCAUUAAUACGACUCGAUGGUGCUCCACUGCUAUACGUUUUUUGCUGUUUCAUUUUUUAUUAUACAUUUUCACUUCUAUGUUUCAUAAAAAAAAUAAUCUACAAGAUGAUGUUGCUCUAAGAUGCUGUUACAAAACACAGGGAGACUGCGCCAGAGACUCCUUGUGCUUUGAGUGGACCUUUUAAUUACAGGGAGAGAGAGAGAUAUAAAAACUUCCCAGGAGAAUGAGAGAGAUAUAAAUGGUAAGUGAAAAGGUGUGUGUCAAAAGACAGGCAAAAUAAGAUGUGUCUAGAUAAAGAACAAGCAGGCAUACACUAGGGAAAAUGGAAUUUACUCAGAUGGGCCAUUUGUACAGUGAAGCUAUGACGCAGAACAUAACAGGAAAACCUAAAGUGAGCUCAUACAUCUGGGUAUUUUUUAGUGGACAUGCUUAAUCAGGAGAUGAUAGAAAGGGUGGGGUGUUAGAAUUCACACAGUGGCUCUAAGCACAAGACGAAUGUAUUAAAAUGUGUGUGUCUGUAUGUUUGAAUGUAUGUCUGUGUAUGCGAGUGAUUGUCUCAUUGUGUGUGUGUCUUAGUGGUUAGUUAUGUACAUUUGUGAGAAUAUGCUGCUGGUGUUAUAUUUUUGAUUGUCAGAGUCUGGAAUAGAUGAGGAACGAUGAGGUAUAUCCAGGAGCGAGCAGUAUCUUUGCUUUGGGUUCCAGCCUCCGGUGUAUUAGCCACCCAGCAACUUCUGACUGUCAGGAAUGAGUGAGAUGUAUUGUUAAAGGCAGCUGUACAUGCUUUCCACAGAUCAAAUGCACAAUAUAUUGGUUUCUAUUUGGGUAAAGGCGAAAAAAAAAGAAUUAUGUGUAAUCUUUCCGCUCGUGAUCCUGUUAUUAGGGUAAAUUAAAUUUUUUUGUCAUGCAAAAUAUACUAAUGUCAAAUAGCUUUAUACAAAAUCAUUCAUGAUUUUUAAAAUCAUUGCAAUAAGUAAUGCUGUGUGCUGCUCUGCAGGGCCAGAUUAACAUAGGGGCUGAUGGAGCUGCAGCUCCAGGCCCAUGCCCGUGGAAUAGGCCCAUUGAUUUAAAAAAAAAAAUAAAAUAUAUAUAUAUAUAUAUAUAUAUAUAUAUUUAUUUUACUACUCUUCACAUGUUCUUGCUUAAGUAUGGAAACGUAAGAGGGAUGUAGGUGAACAACACUGGUGUGAACUGGUUGACAAUUAAAUUAGUUAAGCUAAAGCUGACUUUGCGCACUAUGCAAAUGUUCUUGCUGCUUCAGUCUCUCUAACACUGUGGCACUCACUACAUACACCUUUCCUCUGUCUCAGACUGUAUAAGAAGUUAAGGAGAGGAGGGGGACAGGUGAGUGCUAGGGGACAGUCCUUAGAAAGCGUAGAGCUACCACAUUAUUAGACGCAUUUAUGCCAAGCUCAGGGCACUGUCUGUAUAACACUCUACUAGUUAGUCAUCCUGCAUGAUUGGCAGGCAGCCUGACAAGCAUUCACACCAGGCUGACCAGCUAAUUCUUUGUGCAGACACGACCCCUUUUUCGGCAUGUUUAUCCCUUUGGGUGAUUCUGGUUACGUGAUUCACAUCAAUGGCCCACCCUUUUAACCCGCCCACCAAAAUCCUGCUUCACCGGACACUGCUGUUAGGGGCUAUGGAUUUACUUGAAAGAUGAAAGUGAGACAUCAGCAUAGUGCAUGUGUUUUCUAAUAGUUAUUUCCUGUGAGUUUCCCUCCAGCAGCACCUCCACCAGAUACAUGACGCUUGGGAGGUAUGAUUGUUUUAAUGUUUUCUGUCAAUAAGAUUCUGUAAUUAAGCCCAUCAUAAUUGUCAGCACCAGGCCCAAUGGGCUCUUUAUCUGGCCCUGCUGCUCUGUAGUGCAUGGGAGAGAUAUGCUUCAGACCUGUUUCUCCUGUUUAUGCAGAAAUUGUGCUUCUGGCAACAUGCAACAAUUCCCCCUCCCCCAAAUGAAUAAAUAACAGCAAAACUCAUUCAAUGUAUUCUUUUAACAGACACAUUCUUGCUUCGUAGAUGUCUGUUUUGUCCCUUUAACUGCAUGCCUUCACUUUCUUUUUUAAAUCUAGCACUAGUCUAUUUGCAUCUCAAAUGAAAUCAAUACACUAGUCAGGUGUUAGUGUUAUCUGUCCUGCCAGUCAAUCUUGUGUUAAAUAAUAUAGGCUGCUUUGUCAUAGUUACCGUUGUUACCAACAUACUGUAUAGAGAGGUGGAAAUAUGUAGUGCUUGCUGUUGGCCUUAUUGCCUGACACACAAUGUUCUGAUUUUUUUUCAGUAAUGCAAGGAUUGGGUGUGGAAGCAACUCUGGACAUGCAUACUUUAAGAAGUGAAAAGUGCUUCAAAUUAGUCAGACGUACUUUUUCAUGUUAUCGUCUGACGCAUUUAUAUCCAAUAGCACAAGGCACCUGGCCUUUAUUUUUUGGAAAGUGUGUCUAUGUCUCAGAAUUUCCAAGGGUUGUUUCAGGGUCAUUCGCCACUAACAGAAACACAGGGAAAUAAGAAACUCUGAGCUCAAACGCCCACAACUCUUGACCAGCAGCAAUGGCUGUAGUAUUCAGCAACCCAAAUACAUAAAUCAGAACAAGCAAAGCUACCUGCUGACUAUACCAACUCCCUCUGCACAUUUAAAUUGCAGAGGUUUUUUGGUACCACUGCAGUGGCCAUUAAAGUAUAGGCUCACCUGCCACAUCAAAGUAAACCUCUUGUAGAUGAGUGCUGUAGCGUGUCAAUGUAAUAUAAAAAAAAAUAAAAACACACAAAACUGAGCCCUGUGCUCACAUUUCCACUUUUCCUGGGCCCAAAUAUAUAAACAAAACAAUUAUUUACCAACAGUUAUUCAUUAAGGAGCAAAUUUUGGUUAAAGUAAGAGAACUACCUACUUCCUCUCCUCAACCCUCUUCCCCAAAGCCUCCAGUUCACACACAGACUACGUGCUCACAACCUACGGCACUUGACUGCCCAUAUGGAACUCAUCCCGAUCGCCCACUUGGGCAUAGUUCAAACAAGUUAAGGGUCUGUCAUACCUGUUCCACAGGGUAUUGCUACUGUAACGUUCACUACUAGUGUAAUCUCUGUGUUGAAAUACUUUUGUACUAUUAUGGCGGCUGUAGGCCUACUUAACUGUUUUCACUCUUGUACCUUCGCUUCAUGAAAAGGAUUUCAAUAACUUCUUUAAAUAAAGAUUGUCAAAAAAAAAGUAAGAGAACUGCAACCAUAUUUGCAAUUUUUAUAGUUAUUAAAGGUAAAUCAAUUUAAAUCUGAUUAUUUCAAAUGAAUGAGCCUAACUCAUUUAAUAUAAUCCGGUGUCUGUGUUAAAAUCAGUCAUUCUCACACGCGAAGUCUAUAUAAAAUAUAGGAUUUGUUUUUGUCAAUCAUGGCUUAUUAAACAGGUUAACGCUACUCAAAUUCAGGAGAAGGAAAAUGUGCAAAAUAAAUUCAGCUGUACUUUGUCUACAGAAAUCCUUAAUAUUUGGCAACCGGUAGCACAAGGAGGUAGCAGGGAACUGUGUGAAAGAAUAAUAAAGCAAUAAGAUAAAAACAAAUGUAAUAUUAUUGGACUAUUCCACAUUACCAACCAUUCAUUCCUAGUAGUUGGUUAUCAAAAUGGUGCUAAUGUUACCGUUUUAAUGAUAUCUUUUAUUAGAAUUGACAACUACCUCUGUGCAAAUUUGGGCCAAACAAAAUGUAGAAAUUUGCCAAUUCUGUCUAAUUAUCUCUGUUCAGUUGCAUUUUUGCAUCAUUUGGUUCUGGAUUUCACCCUAUUUUUGUGAAUCUGUACAAACUGAAAUCAGACCUCCAUUCAAUCUAAUUCGUGUUCCAAAAUCUGGACAUUGGUAAGUGUUGAGAGCAAUGUCCUCAUUUUGCAGUCUAAGUGCUCCCCGAUGGUGCCAGAGAUUAUUUUUUGCUAAUCCAAACUGGGGGAUUUCAGACUUUGGCAAAUAGUCCUAUGUAAGGGUAAUUGAGAUUCAAAUUUUAGACCAAAGUAGCCGAGCUGAAUAUGUAUUUGAUUUGUAGAAACUUUCGAGUUCAACUAUUUUGAUCAAAUAUUUUUCAUUCACUUUCAGUUCCAGACAGUUCACACUUGAAUAACCUUGCUGAUAUUCUUUGCACAUAUGGGAUGAAUUGAUUGGUGUCAAAGCUCAUUUCUUUACUCUCAGGUUGUGUAGGAGGCAAUCAAAACUAUCAUCAUCAGAUACAGCUAGAUUUGUUUGGGCUGAAGUUUACAGGUAACAUAUUGGUGUUUUUAUAUAUUUUUUGGAUAACAGGAGACUAGUUUGCCACUAUUCAAAUGGCAGUGUUAUAAAAAUUAAAAAAAAAGUGAUUUGUGUUAAUUUACUAAAGACACAGCAACUCUUGAAAAAGAAAACUAAUAGUGGCUGAAGAAUAGGUAAAACAAAAUAAAAAAAAGAAUAGGUAAAAUUAAUCAGUAUAAGCAGCCAAUUUAGGACUUUUAACAAUCUUUGGCUCCAUAUAAGGUUAAUUACAAAUGCCACACAGCACUGUUAUAAUAUGCUCCUCUAAAGCCAUAUACUUUUUUUUUUCUGUUUUAUGCCAUUCUCUCAAUGCCAAUACUACCUUUCAUCUCUGCAAGGCAAAAGUGUGUUUGUUGACUAUGUAUACCUACCACCAGGGCCGGACUGGGAAGCAUGUUGGUUCAAUGCUCUUCCAGGGCAGACCAUGCGCAGAGCUCAGAGAGAAAAAUCCCUGUAUUUGUUCUGCACAGCGCAAGCAAAUUUAAUAACAUGCUUGCACUGUGUUUGCUUGACAUUUGUCUCUGGUGUCUCCAUAGAUGGGAUACCAGGAGACAAAUGCCAGGAAAGAGUAUUGUGCAGUGUGUGUGUGUGUGGGAUUCAGUGUGUGUGUGAGGGUGUUGUCUGGGUAAAGGUGUUGUGUGUGAGUGAUGGGUGCAGUGUGUGUGUGUGAGGGCGCCAUGUGCAUGUGAGGAAGUUGUGUGUGAAGGUGCUGUGAGUGUCAGGGGUGCAGUGUGUGUGUGUGUGUGUGAAUAGGGGUGCUGUGAGUGUCAGGGUUGCAGUGUGUGUGUGAGUGUGUGUGGGGGGGGUGCUGUGAGUGUCAGAGGUGCAGUGUGUGUGUGUGUGAGUGAGGAUGCUGUGAGUGUCAGGGGUGCAGUGUGUGUGUGAGUGAGGGUGCUGUGAGUGUGUGUGAGUAAGGGUGCUGUGAGUGUCAGGGGUGCAGUGUGUGUGUGCUAUGGUGCUGUGAGUGUCCGGGCUGCAGUGUGUGUGUGAGUGAGGGUGCUGUGAGUGUCAGGGGUGCAGUCUAUGAGGGUGCUGUGAGUGCCAGGGGUGCAGUGUGUGUGAGUGAGAGUGCUGGUGUGUGAAUAUGUUUGAAGGGCUUGUGUGUUGGGGGUGGGGCAGAUUAUUAUCAAUAUAUAUUAAUUUUAAAAAAAAUGAAAUAAACAAGCAUUGAUUGUAUCCCCCCUCCUUUCUUACCUUUAGCCUGGGAGGGGGGACCGUGCUGCCAUCCCUGGUGGUGCUAGUGGUGAGUGAACUCUAGCAAGACCCAGAGCAUUGCCAUGGCAACGCUCCAGAUCUCGCGAGAGGAACCCGGUGGAGCUGCAAGAUAGAGCUCCUCCGGGUUCCUCUCCUGGCUGUCUCCCUCCCCAGCCAGCGGCCACAUCACACUGUCCGUCAUUGAAAACAGCGGGGCCGGCACUCGGAUAGUGCCGGCCCUGCAUGCACCGGCCAUGGAGAUCCUGUGAUCUCUCCUUCCAGCCUCAGCCCAUGGACAUCGCUGCCCACCAGGUAUUUGCCCGGUGUGUCCGAUGGCCAGUCCAUGCCUGCCUACCGCUUCUAUAAAAGCAAAAACUCUUUUAUUCUGAUAUUAUGUGUUAAUAGGAGUGAUGUCAUUCUUCAGUUAUUAUACCUUUGUGUAUUACUGAUACCUGCGUACUAUGUUUGUAUUCUGAUUUAAUGUGAAUAAAAGUAAAUAUAAAAAUUACAAGUGAAGAAUCCAGAACAAAAAAAUAAAAAAUACUACAAAGAAUAUAAAAUACCAUGGAGAAAACAGCAACAGUCCCAAUCUUUAGGAAAUAUGGAAAUGCUACAAUGAUAAAUAAAAUUAAUUUACUGUGAUAUUAUGGUGCAUGGUGCAACUCAGUAGGGCUGUCUUAAUGCAUGGGCAUGCUAGGCAGUUGCACAUGUGCCCAACGAACAUAGUAUCCCCAUAGGCUUGCCAACUUUUCAGUGUAUUAUUCUGGGACCUAUUCAGCACCUUCAAAACCUCUUUUGAUUAAAACAUUUAGGUGGACUAAUCACCACAGUAUCUUGCUGUUGCAAAUACAUAUCUUGACCUUGACGGAAAAAAAAAAAAACGUACACAUACCAAUUGUACAUAAGCAAGACAAAAUUAACACACACUUUUUUGAAGAUAUAAAGCUAUGUGUUGAACUUUCAAGUAAUAAUACAUAAUUCAUAGUAAUUACGUAGUGUACCAUCUAUGUUUACAUCAGGGGUUCCCAACCCGUUGUACAUGUACCCCCAGGGGUACAAUACAGCUCCUCUGGGGGUACGCGAAAAAAUUUCAGUAAUAGCAGUAUUAACUACCACAGGGCUGAUCCUGGACCACUGUCCCCAUGCCCUGAGUUUUAUUGCAGCAGAGCAAUGUCACUCUCAGCUUGCUCCUCGCGCCGCAGCCUGACCCUCCCCCCCCAUUUGCUGACCAAGAGCAUCACAUGGGAGGCUGGGACAGAGUAGAGCAAACCUUGUGGCAGGCAGGCAGGCUAAGAGAGAGUAGAUUGCACCGCACCUCCAGACAGGCUGUCGCAGAGGAGAUCGUGCAUUGUCCUCAAACACUGCCUCACCCACACUGUCACCCUCCUACACACUGCUUAUCCACACUCCCCCCGCCCACAUGCUGGCUACUCUUUAAAUACUGCCUCAACAUACACUGUCACUCUUCCACACACUGCCCCCCUCAUAAACACUGUCACCCCCUCCCCCCCCACACACACACACACACACUGCUGGCACCCAUUGUCAACCUCCCCAAAUACUGCCCCCACACACUGUCACCCUCCCACACACUGCCCAUCCACAGUGCAACCCCCCCACACUGCCAAUCCACAUUGUUAUCACAAACAUUGCUUCCCACCCCAUGGUCACACUCCCACACACUGCCUCCCUCCCUCCUGUACACUGUCAACUUUCCCCACAGGGUCAGCCUCCCCACACACUGCCUGCCGCUACCCCCACACCUUCCCCAACACUGUGUCUGCAUACCAGUGUGUGUAUCUGUGUGUCUGUGUUUGCAUACCAAUGUGUGUAUCUGUGUCUGCAUACCAGUGAGUGUUUCUGUGUAUCCGUAUGCAUACCAGUGUGUGCGUCUGUAUGCAUACCACUGUGUGUAUCUGUAUGCAUACCAGUGUGUGUAUUUGUGUGUCAAUUUUUGUAUCUGCAUGUGUGUCACAGUGUGUGUUAGUGUACCUGCAUGUGUGUCAGUGUUUGUAUCUGUGUAUUUCUAUGCAUGCCAGUAUGUGUAUCUGUGUAUCUGUAUGCAAACCAGUGUGUGUGUCUGUGUAUCUGUAUGCAUACCAGUGAGUGUAUUUGUGUGUCAAUUUUUGUAUCUGCAUGUGUGUCACAGUGUGUGUUAGUGUACCUGCAUGUGUGUCAGUGUUUGUAUCUGUGUAUUUCUAUGCAUGCCAGUAUGUGUAUCUGUGUAUCUGUAUGCAAACCAGUGUGUGUGUCUGUGUAUCUGUAUGCAUACCAGUGAGUGUAUUUGUGUGUCAAUUUUUGUAUCUGCAUGUGUGUCACAGUGUGUGUUAGUGUACCUGCAUGUGUGUCAGUGUUUGUAUCUGUGGAUCUGCAUGUGUGUCAGUAUAAGUAUCAGUGUGUACGUGUAACUGUAUGUGUCAGUUUUUUUUAUCUCUCUCUGUACAUUUGUAUGUGUGUCAGUGUGUGUAUCCUAUGUGUCAGUAUGUGUAUCCGUGUGUCUGUGUACCUUUGUGUAUCAGCAUUUGUAUAUGUGUAUCUGUGUGUCUGCAUGUUUGUCAGUGUUUGUAUCUGUGUGUCUGUGUGAGUGCAAGAUUGUUUAGAUAUAUGUGUCUGCGCAUCUGUAUGCAUGGCAGUUUCUGCAUCUGUAUGUCUGUGUAUCUACACAUGUGUCAGUGUUUGCAACUGUAUCUGUGUGUCUAUGUAUCUUUAUGUGUCAGUGUUUGUAUCUGUGUGUCUAUGUAUCUGCAUGUGUGUCAGUGUGUGUAUGUGUCUGUGUGAAUGUGUCAUUGUUUGGAUCUGUGUGUCUGUGCAUCUGCAUGUGUAUCAGUAUUUGUUUUUGUGUCACUGUUUGUAUAUAUGUCUUUGUGUGUUUAUUUGUGUCUGUAUCUGUACGUAUGUCAGUGUUUGUAUGUGUGCAUCCACAUGUAUAGCAGUGUCUAUAUCUGUAUGUGUAUCAGUCGUUUGUGUCUGUGUAUCUGCAUGUGUGUCAAUAUCUGUAUGUGUGUCAGUUGAUUGUAUCUGCACAUUUGUCAGUGUGUAUGUGUGUCAGUGUGUCUAUCUGCAAUGUGAGAAGCAGGGGGAGCCUGGGGUAGAGGUGGAGCUGGGGAGCCUGGAGCAGAUUAGAAGCAAGGAGAGCCCGGGGCAGAGUAGAAACAGUGAGAUACAGGGGCAGAGAAAAAUGGGAGACGGGGCAGAGAAAACGUAUAAAUUUGGAAUAACAGCAACUAUAUUAAUAACAAACAUUUUGCUAAUAUGAGGGUUACAAUUUAUUGAAAAGGGCUUCCAAGGGGUACUCAAAUAUAAAACAGUUGGGAACCACUGGUCUACAUGAAAAUGGUCUACCAUUUUUAUAUUGAAGUACUUGUAUUUCAAGUUCAAGGUUUUUGUUAUAUUGUCCAAACGUUUGUGUGGAUUAAUAUAUGCUGUACAGCAUGUUUUUUUUAAUGAUUAAACACUGAUUUUGUUGGAUGUACCAAUAAAUAGAUAAUUUCGAUAAUUGACAUUUGUAUUCCUGUGAGUGGUUGCAUAGGCAGGGCCCCGAUGCAUUGCCAAAGCACUAUAAUGCUAUUAACAUGCCUUUGCAACUCACACAGUUAGGUUAUGUCUCUUUCUCUCUUUUUUUUUUUUUUAUGAGUAAUUUAGUAAGAGAUUUUCCUUUUGGCCCAAAUCUUACAUAGCAAAUUGAUGCAUUUGCACAGAUAUUAAUAUGUAGUUUGUCCAAAAUUAUUUGUCCUAAAAAGGAAUUAGAAAAACAAAAAGUAUACUACAUAGCUCAAUGUUUCCACUUAUUUAUUUUGUAUCUUCUUAUUGAAAUGUCAGUGUUUUAAAGAAGAUCACAAAGCUUCGGAUCUUAAAGUAACACUCUUAGUCCCAAAAUAACUUGCUCAUUGAAGUUAUGGGGGCAGGAGUCUCCAGACACUGUCUUACUUUCAGUUUACACUGUUUUCCAACAGUUCAAUCCUGAAGUUGCUGCUCAUGUGCAUGACACAGCUUCCCCUUUCACUCUGCUGCCACAGUAUAUGGAUAAGAGUACCAGCAAAGGGAGAAAUACUACAUAGCAAAACCCUAUACAUAUUGUAGGCAGAGAGGAGGAGGUAGAGGUGCCUUAUGACCAACUUUGAGGUUAAAUCCCUUGAAAAUGUUUCGAUCUCUGACACUUUUGUCCCCAUAAUGAUAUCCAUGAGUUAAAGUUGUUGUGGUGGUGGAAGUGUUCCUUUAAAUGCUAGGCAAUCAUAACUUAUGGAUCUGUCUCGUCUUAUCCACUUAGUGAGUUAAAGGUUUUUUGUCUAGUGCUGGCAUUAGUAAUAUUCUAUUGCUAUUCAGAGUGCCUGUUCAUGUAAAUCCAAUUUUGAUAUCAUUAACAUCAACCAUUUAUUAAUCUUUGAGAUGUAAACGAUGGUUUGCUUUAUAUACAAGACUGGCGGUAUUGUCAUUUAACAGGUGAUGCACAUACAAUACAGACAUGCAAUCAAUGAGCAGAUGGUUGCACUUAAGCUAAAAGAAGCUUUGUCAUUAGAAACUACAUGCGCAACUAGCUUUGGUUUAAUGAAGCAUCUGUUUGCUAAAGUUUUUGUAAAAAUGCACCUGUUGUCAUCAAACCGUGCAGUUGUUAAUCUGCCAAAAUUUCUGUUUAGUAUAUAGAUCAAAAUAUCAUUUUGUUUUUAAGCUUCUGAUGGUAGGCACCCUUUGGCACUCCAGGUGUUGUGGACUACAUCUCUCCAUAUGCUUUGCCAGCAUUAUAGUUUUAAGAUAAUUAUUGGAGAAAUAGUCCACAACAUCUGCAGUGGUGCGGAAGGUUGUUUACUCCUCCAAGGUUAGGUCAUAUAAAUUUUACCAAUGAUAAUUCGCAAGUUCUGUAUCAAUGCAAACUCACUGUCUCAAUUAGCAUUUUUUUUUUUUUUUACAUUUUUUAAUACAUUUUUAGCUUUUACUGAGAACGAUUUGUUCUCAGGCCUUGUAUGUAUCCCUAAAUUUGUACAAGGUUAUUUUGUAAAGUGUGAAUUCAAAACUGAAUUUCAAAUGUAAGGUCAAAACAGCCAAAUUGAAAAAUAUCUCUUUCAGCUAUGCUAUCGGUUUUUCUACUCUGGCCUUAAAUUUGGAAAUCACUUUGAAUUCUCACUUUAGUGAACAACCCUGAUAGUAUGAGAAUGUUUUAUGCAUGCGAAAAAAGAGAUUUAGCAAACUGAUAAAACAAAAAACAUAGCUCAUGUUUUGUGUAUCUUGCGUUCUUAUAGUUCAAUUCUUGUCUUUUUUUCUAGGGUUUGUUUUAUGGUUGAGAAAAAUCCCAAUCGUGUUUGCAUAUUGAGGACUAGCUACAGACAGCUGCUAGAAGAAUGCCAAGCAACCUAAUAAAGCAAACUUCUUCAGAAAUGGAACAUGGUUUCGCCAGACGUCGGCUGAGUGACUUUGAAAGGAGUGGAAGUUUUGACAGCCAAAGUAGCCAUUCUAGGUCCAGAAGUUCUAACUUGGUAAGUGUUGAUUUUUAACUUCAGCAAUAGUUCCGCCACAGUUUAGACCAGGGGUUCCCAAUUCAUUUUUCCUGUGGAAGUCUUUGACAUAGUGUACCAACAUCGUGGAUACCCCUAUGUAUGUGCCGGUGUGUGUCUGUGUGUUAAGGUGUGUUUCUGUGUUUGUAUGUGCCCGUGUGUCUCAAUGUGUAUCAGUGUGUGUGUAUGUAUGUAUGUAUCUGACACACAGAAACAGACACACACACACUGGCACACAGAUACACACACCUUGACACACAGUGUGUAUGUGUGUGUGUGUAUUUGUGUGUCAAAGGGUGUUUGUAUGUAUCUGUGUGUAUGAAUCUGACACACAGAUACACACACUGGCACAUAGUGGCACACAGAUACACACACUGAAACAGAUACACACACCUUGACACACAGUGUGUAUCUGUGUGUGUGUGUGUGUGUGUGUGUGUAUCUGUGUGUCAAGGUGUAUGUGUCUAUGUGUCAAAGUGUGUGUAUCUGUGUUUGUCUAUGCAGGUGUGUGUCAAGGUGUGUAUAUCUGUGUUUGUAUGGGCCAGUGUGUGUAUCUCUCUGUCAGUGUGUAUCUGUGUGUGUGUGUGUGUGUGUGUGUGUGUGUGUAUCUGACACAUAGAUACACACUGACACACACAUAUUGACUCACAAAUACACACACACUCAGAUACACACAGUGACACAUACACACACUGACACACUCAGAUACAUACACACCCACACACAUGCACAUACAAACACACAGAUACACACAUUGACACAUACACACAGUGUCAUAUACACACACUGACACACACACGCACAUACAAACACACAGAUACACACAGUGUCAUAUACACACACUGACACACUCAGAUACACACACUGGCAUACACACACACACACACACACACACAUACAAACACACUGGCACAUACACACACAUACUGACAUACACACUUAGAUACACACAGUGACAAAUACACAAACCUUGACACACAGAUACACUCAUACUCUUUGACAGACACACAUACACUCACUGAAAAACACACAUACUCUGACAGACAUACAUACACUCUCACUGACAAACACACAUACUCUUUGACAGACACACACUCUCACUGACAAAGACACAUACACUCUCACUGGCAAACACACAUACUCUUUUACAGACACACAUACAAACACAUAUACCCUCUCACUGACAAGAACACAUACAUUCUCACUGACAAAGACACAUAUACUCUUUGACAGACACACAAACACAAUCAAAGUCCCUAACAGACACACAUACAAUUUAUUUUAUUUUUUAAUUUUACUCCACCCAGCCCCCCUACCUUUGGGAGUGCUGGCAUGGAGUCUCUAUGUCCAAUUGGUCCAGUGGGGCUGCUGGGCUGAGCGUGCGGUCCCUGGAGUCCAGUGGGGCUGCUGAGCGACAGGCGUGCGUGCGGUUAGGGAGCAGUGAUCUCCCUGCUCAGCUCCCUCGUGCUCCUCUUAGUAAUGCUGGAGCCGGAGAGACGUCAUAUUCUGGCUCCAGUAAUUUUAUUUUUACACAUUUUGUCAGAACCUCAAUUGGGAAAUACUAGUCUAGACACACGUAUAUGGUUACUCACUAAAGUAUGAAUUGUGAGACAUUCAAAGUGAAUUUCAAAUUUUAGGCCCAAAUAUCCAGACUAUAAACAUAGCUAGAUUUUCAUUGACUCACAUGGCUAACUUGUAAAUUUACUUUGCAUUACACUUUAUUGAAUAACUCGGCUAAACUUGGCUCACAGAACUUGGAUGGUGUUUGGCCCAACAUUACCAGAAUAAAAAGUAGACAUUGCUGUCCUCUUCUUGUAGCACAUAUGUGUUCUUUGGUGUCUGAAAAAAUUUAGGCAAUCAAAUUAGACAGUUUUAUUCCACCAUGUCUGACUUAACCAUGCUGGCAUGUGGUACAUGAAGUAAACCAUGACAGUAUGACAUCAUAAUUAUUCUGUACUGUAGUUUUCACUUAAAGGAGCAAUAAGCACUUAAACUUUAUUUAGUACGUGUUUAUCUUUGUAGCCUGUUUUCAUUCUUGUUGAUCUGCUAAAAGAUAGAUUCAUAAUGCUGUUUUUGGUUUUGUGAUGAUAUAAAGAUAAUUUCUUUAAAUAUGUGUAAUUAUCAUUUUUCAAUGCUGUCUAAAGCUGGAGUAGUAGGGAAACUGUUAUAUAAACUGAUUCCUUGGAUACAUUCUGUCAAGCAGGAAUGGCGCACAGAGGUAAUGAUUUAUGGCACAUAAGUAGCAAUUAAGAUUCCAUUCUGGCUGCUUCCAGUACCCUGCUUGCUGACUCUGGGUGUUCUUGCUGGCCAUGACAUGUUGUCUUGUUCGUUUGUGAUGUGUUUCUAUGGUACAUGGGAUAUGUUAGUUUUCAGAGGAUUCAAAGAGUAACAAUCACUUUUGGAAAUUAAUUGCCAUGGUAACACGAUUCUGUGAAAGUAUCCUAAAGCUGUACUUAACCCCUCCACUGUAAUAGAUAAACACAAAAUAUUAAAUUGCAUGCUAAGACGACAGCAGGUGCAUGCACAUAUCCACUACAAUAAACUGUAUAAAAGAUGCCACACAGUGUCCAAACAGCUACAAAAAUAAAUUAAUAAAAUUGGAAUAACUUUUUAACUAUACAUUUGCUAAUAAAAUGGCUAAUUCAAGCUACCGAUGAAAUGGUGUUCCCUAUAAGGUGGCAUGUUUGGCACAACAGGUGCACCUUAAUAAUAAUAUAGUUACAUGUAAUGAAACAAUUACUUGUUUACCACCUUUUGUUUUACUGUGUGUCAAAGAAUUUAUUUUCUUUUAAAAAUCAUCCUGUGUGGCACGUGUUGUAACAAAGGCAGUGUGCUAUGCUAAAUGAUGCACUAAACACAGAGGUAAUUACUGUUACACGAGCUAUUCUAUUGUAACAAUAGAAAUUCUCUAACGUGCUUAAAUAGACAGCACUUACAUGGUAACACCAUUCUGUGGAAGUAUCCUAAAUCUGUAGUUAACCCCUCAUUGUGAUAAAGACUAGACAUUAAAACAAAUGCAAGCAUUACAGGAGAUGCACUCACAUAUCUUGACCUCUUGGAGAAGACCUUAAUCUGCAGAGAUUGCACCCAAAAAAUGAUUGCACCAUAACCACUAUAAUAAACUAUAGUGAUUAUGUCACUGUAGUUUAUAAUAGUGGUUAUGGUGCAUUAUUAUGUCCCUAUAGUUUAUUAUAGUGAAUAUCACGUAGAGUGUCUGUUUCAACUAAACAAACAUUAUAGUGUUAUUCUGUAUUCUUAAUGCUUUAGUGUUCUCCUCAUUAGUUUAGUUUCAAGACCACCUCUAAAUAUAAAUAAAUCUUAGUGUCCUUACUGGUCCUUUUUGUUCAAAUAAGUACAAAAGUGAAUAAAUAAAAUUUAAAUAACUUUCUAACUCUUUAUUUGCUAGUAAUAUGGCUAAGAAUAUAGAUUAAGUUGUAUUCUGCAUAAGGUGACACCAAGUCAUUUUUGGCAUGGCACAUUAAUAGAAAUAUAAUAACACGUAAUUUUAAAAAAAUGCAUUUUUAUGACUUUUUCUUUUACUACGUUUCAAAAUGAAUAUAUUAAAAAAAAAAACAUUGACCUUUUUGGCAUGUGCUCCUGCAAUAGCAGUGUACUAAAUGCAAAAUAAUGCACUAAACACAGAUGGAAUCAUUAUUAUUUUAUGAUCUCUUACACACGUUAACAAUAGAAAUUCUCUAACAUACCUUUACAGCAAAGCACAUAUUUUGUUUGUUGACUUUUUUCUUGUACUAAGUAGCCAGUGGUAAAAGAUUGACUCUCCAGCACGUUCCCUCUCUAAUUAAAACACAUUUUAUUAUUCUGACCACGUCAUUACACUCUACCAGCACACACCGCAUUCCAGGAUCAGGUAAGUCAGUAUCUUGUAACAGGUUUACUUGAUUACAAGAACUUUUAUUAUCUCAACAAAAAAAAGAAAAAUUAGGAGGGAAUGUGCAAAAACUAGUCAUUGAUUAACCCAAAUCUGUACAGGGUUCCUUCAGUUGGUGUUGUGAAUGGCUGGCUUGUUCUGGUUGUCACUAGUUUCUGUGCCCACAUGUCCAGUUUACUGUAUUAUUCAUCCAGCCCAAGGUUACAAAUUGAUUAUUCUGGUAGCAUGCAGCUGACAAGGGCUGUUUAGUGGAGGUGAAAUGCCAAUGUGUUCUGCAUUCAGCUUGUAAGCUCGUAAAACACGAGGGCAGGGGUAUUUGCUUAGCGUCACACCAAUGUAUUAUGCCUUUAAAAGGUGUUUUACUGUAACCUUGUUUUAGAUAUAAAGGGCAUAAGGUGACCUAAGAAGGCAAUAUAACAUGUAUUUUAGUGAAUCAGUGAAGACACACGUGCAACAUGUCUCAAUGGCAGGUGGCUUUAGUGCACAAAUGAAGUGACCUCUUUGACCACCACAGAAAUCUUAAAUGGAUAAAAAAUAUUAAAUACACAGUAACAAUUGUUCGUUUCACAUGUCUAAAAUUUGUCCAAUAUCUGCAAGUUAUGCUUAGUAUUUAUUUACUAAAAGUUACCAUAAACAGCAGACAUUCUGGGACAGAUUCUACUGUCAUCUGACCAACUGCUACUCAACCUAACUCACCAGCUGCUGUGCUUGCUCUGUGAGAAAUCACAUCAUGAGGCAAGUUAGGUUGAGCAUCAGUUGGUCAGAUAACAUUAGAUUCAGAAUCUGAUCCAACAUGGCUGCUCAGCCAGAUAAAAAAAGUGAACAUUUUCUCAGAAAAAUCAGUAUACAUCAUUUAAAAAAGAUAUAGUACACUUUUAAGAAAUUACGUGAAAAUCCAAUGACAGUUUUCCUUUAAAGGAACACUAUAGUGUCAGGAAUACAAAUGUGUAUUACUGACAGUAGUGGUCUAAAUAGCUGUUUAGGCCCCCACUGCCCCCUUACCUCCGGUUAAAAAUGUUAUUUAUUCACUUUUUUUCCAGUGGUGCAGGUCUGGUCUGGUCAUGGCCCCGCCCAUGCUCUGUCCUUUGGCUAAGAUCAUCAAAUUUGACAAUCUCGGCCAAUCCAAUGCUUUCCCAUAGGAAAGAAUUGGGAGGUUAUCAUGCAUGCAUGGCAAAAUGCCGCUCUGCACCUAGAAAUGUUUGCAUUCUUUUAGAAGUCCAAUCAGAUCCUGCUAUUCUCUAGAUACAUCUGGAGUUAGGGUUAUUAGCUGCUAUUCUGACUUCAGCAAUGAGUUUGUGUAAUGAUGUGUUAGAAAUAUCAGCAUUGUAUACAGCAGGUAAGCAACCUGCUCCUCUCAGUGAUAAUAGCUGUGUGAUUUGUGUCAAUGGCUAGAGGUGUUUUUUGACAUGUGUAGCUAUAAAUAGUUAUUUUCCAGGAACCUCUGGAACUGGUUACUAACCCUUCAUUAGACUUCUUAGAAUGAGUCUAUUCGCUCAUGAAAUGUCAAGUGAAAUGUUUAAACAAUCUUCAUUGGAUUAAGUCAGCCUUAGUUUAGGUAUGAAUAUAUUUUGUAUGUGAAAAGCAAAACUAGUAAAAACUGUGACAGUAGUCACCAUCAGUGGGGGAUGAAGACGGACAAUUUAUGUAGGCCCCAGAUUAUUCUUAUGUGUUAGUCACCCUGUGUCCAUUUUAGGUGCAGGGUGUAUAUAAUGUAUUUGUAUAUGCUUAAUUGUUUUGUGUGUUCUCCUGUCCUUCUGUUUCUUUCAAACAACUAGGUGGAUUUUGCUGUGGAGCCAGUGCAGUGCCAUCUGUUGGUUUUAAUGAUUAUGAAACAGCUAUAGGCACUAUCUGACUAGCAAGGCUUGUUAAUUUGCAAAUUAUGAAUUCUGCAGGCAGGGGACAUAUUAGUUUUUGUCUUAAACCACCCUUUAUAAAUAUGUUAAUGCAGUAUCAUAAGUUGCUGAAAGUUUCCCCAUAUGCUUUGGUUAUUUGUAUUAAAUUGAGGUUGUCACAGUAAGUAAAAUGUAACGUGCAUUUGAGCUAGUCCUGAGUAAAAUUUAAGCUGUGUGAGUUAGUUCCAUCUGGAACUGCAUGUCUUGGUUUGUUAUUCAGAAACUCCUGUAACACAGUGUUUGGACUUGUUGCCUGGCUGCUUAGUCCCUUGAUUCCGAGGCAAGUUAAAAAGAGCUAGGCCUGAGAGUUAAAAGUGCCUUUGUCAAGGCAGUAGCUAGUAUCAGGGCAGGCAGAGGUGUUGAUAUCUGCCUGGGAAAUGAGCUGAAAAGCCAAAGGCAGAGGGGAUGAUACCUGCCUGGAAGAAGAGAGCUGCAGCCUCGUCCAGGGUGGAAGAAGUUCUCAGCGACCUCAGUCAAGCUUUGGUGAUUGGGGCUGAAGCGUUCCUGGGUUACUGGUUGGAGCUAGGAAGUGGAUGUUCUCUUUGACUCUGACCUGUCCUUCACCCCUCGUGUCCAAGCAAUCGCCAAAUCCUGCCGCUUCCAUCUCAAAAACAUUGCACGCAUCCGACCCUGUUUAACACCUGAUAUGGCAGAGGUGCUUGUCCAUGCUGCUGUACUCUCUCGUCUUGACUACUGUAAUCCACUUCUCAAUGGUUCAUCUUCCUGUCUGCCCGCACCUCCCGCACCCCCUUUGUCAGUCCCUCCAUUGGCUACCCGUAAGAUAUAGGGCUCAAUUUAAGAUCCUGACACUUGCUUACAAAUCACUACACAAUGCUGCUCCCACCUACUUAUCCUCAUUAAUAUAAAUAUGUCCUAUCUAGGCCUCUACGCUCUGCCGGAGACCUACGUCUAACCUCUGUACGUACUCCCACCUCUGAUGCUCACCUUAAAGACUUCUCUAGGGCUGCACCGUUCCUAUGGAACACCCUUUCCCUCACUGUUAGACUCUCGCCCAGUCUCCACUCCUUCAAAAAAUCUUUCAAAACUUCUUUAGUAAAGCAUAUCAAUUAAACUGUGAACAGCUUUCCCUCCCCGCACCCUGAUUCUUCCCCUGAAACUGUCAUUAAAACAAAACCCUAAGCCCUCAACAAAUACUAUCCCAGCAACCUACUUUUCUACCCUACCCUUACCUUUUUUGUCACUAUACCCCACUCCCUCUAGCAUGUAAGCUCAUUGAGCAGGACCCUCAAUCCCUCUGUUCCUGUGCGUCAAACUUGUCUGUUACAAAUACGUGUCUGUUAGUCCAUCCAUUGUACAGCGAUACGGAACUUGUUGACUCUAUAUAAAUAAUAGUAGCAAUAACAAUAAUAAUAACAACCAAUGUGACUGCAAAACUAAGAAAUGGAACUAUGUAUUUUCAUGGUUUCUCAUUACAUCCACAGCUUUUAUUCUGGACAAUGUACUAUUCCUUUAAAUACCCCAUAUAACUAAAGUAAUAUUAUAAUAAGUACUAAUAACAUUUAUAUAAUGCCAACAUAUUACGCAGCAUUAAGUCUUUACUUAGCCUUUUACAUAGAGAGAGAUCAAUAUGGAGAUUAAAUAUUUUUAAGGUGCUACUAAUUUCUUAAGAAUUGCAGUUACAUUUUCUUUACAUUAUGUAAAUUCAUCACAAGGCCACCAUGCAUGUAACUCUUCAUAUGUCCACACCACCAGCAUAUCUUUGAAUUUACAUUUGAAAGUUUCUGGAUGGCACCAGGUACCAACUAUAUAUAACCUCAUAGUGGAGUCCUACAAGAUGUAAACAGGGUACAUAUUUGUUUCACCAUUAAUACAGUAAUGCCAUACCUCCUUGCUAAAUGAUUUACCAAAGUCUGUGCCCCAUUUAACCAGCGGAUCUUCUUUAAUAUCUAGGGAAUUCUGAUCUAUGAAACUUAAUAAUUUAUAUAUUAUUUUCUUUUUGUGAUGGGCAUUAAUAAAUGUUUCCAAGGGUAAACAUUUCAACGAUUGUACUCCUGCUAAGAACAUUACUAGGAGGUAAGAAAACAUUUCUCUCUGAUAGAUCAAACUUAGUUUGAAUUUAUGAAGAGAGCAUAAUCCUAUCAUUAUGUAGAAUAUCUAAAAGCUUUAACACGCUGUUAUUAAAUUUUGAUUAUGGGAUUUGUUAACUGUACCUUUUUAAUGAUAUUUGAAUUGGUCCAAAAACAAAUAAAAUGGGUCAGGGGUGUGGCCUGGCAGUUGAGGAAGAUGGCUGCUUAAUUCAUGUGCUCCCUACUGGCUCUCCUGUGAUCCUCAUCUGAAACAAUCCCCAACCACUGACAUGGGUAAAACUCACCGGGCAUCGACUGCCCAGAAGGCACAGGACACCCUGGGGGGCUCUGCCACCUCCUUGCUCCGACAGUAUUUGGUCACUCCAGUGGACCUCAUGUCGCAGGCCUCAAACGACAUGCUGCCCAUCCCCUUCAAGGUACAAGGGGGGGACACACCCGGAUUGGGGCAUGCUGCUGAAAAACUUACCCACGAAAGCUGACCUCCGAGAAGCUAAUACUGAUCUGCGCAAUUUUAUCUCUGUGAGUAUAUACCAUCCCUCAGCCAAAGAGUCUCCCAAGUGGAAGCGGACUGUGACCACUUUUCCAGUGCACAAGCUGCCAACACUGAUGCCCUGUGGCUGCAGAGAGCCCAAAUGCACCAAAUGACCCGCCACGUCGAGGAUCUUGACAACAGGGGUAGGCAACAGAACAUACAGGUUAGAGGCCUACCAGAGGAGCUGGACCAGGCCAAACCAGUUAAAGAAACUCUGAUGGCAGUCUUCAAUUGACUACUCAAGAGGCCACCUGAUAGCCCUAUGGAAUCUGUUCGGGCCCACAGAGCGCUCUGGCCCAAGGGCCAUCCUGAAGGCCUACCACAAGAUGCCAUAUGCUGCAUGGCCAACUUCCAAUUAAAGGAGGACAUUUUGCGAAAGGCCAGGGAAGCCCCGCGGGUUAUACAUGAGGGGGCUGACAUUCAACUGUUACCGGACUUGUCUCCUACCACUUUGACCUAAAGGCGAGCUUUACGCCCCCUAACCAGGGUUUUACAAUCUAAUAAAAUCCGCUACCACUGGCAAUUCCAAAUGGGACUGAUGGUGCUUACCCAGAGGAGCUCCUUUUUGGUGAAGGAUGCCGGGGACAUGGCGACUCUUCUGGACGAAUUAAAACUCCACGCGGUCUCACUUCCAUGGCCGGACCCUCUAACAUUUUACUUACCUGCUCUGGAUACCACCGCAAUGGCGCCAAAACCACCUGGGAUACAGCAGUCUCAAAGUCAGGCUGCCCAACCCACGGGUGCCCCUUAAAGGACUCCCUUCUACGCAUGGACGGCGCCACCCUGGGAAGUCUCUUCUCCUUCUGCCUGCAGGAACCCAGGGACCUACAGCUGACCUUCCAAGAUUACAACCCACUCGUUGCUGAUACUCCUUGAGAUGAAACCUGACUAGAGUUGCUAAUGCUGUAUGUGAUGGACCCUGUGAGAACACUUUACACUGAGUGGGUAACCCCUUGUUGUGCCCCCUUCCCGUCCCCUGCGGGUUAUUUCAUUCCGGACCUCCCCACGUACCCAAGCCAACCCCUGGAGACAAUAAGCAGGUACUAUGUCUACAUUCCUAACUAGAAAGGGGGAUUGCCUCUCCUCUUCCUCUGUCUACACUGCACUCAUUAGGGGCUUAUCAAGUUCCUACAUCUUAUGUAUCCCCUGGGGGUACCCUGCUUUAUUCAGGUGGUGCAGGUUUAGUGACCAAUGGCCCCUUCUAUGGCAGGGUUCGUAGCUGGAUCUCUCCUACACACAGGGUUGAGGGGGGUCGCAGCCAGGUAGCAGGGUGGCCUCCCUAGACAUACUGCCCACACGUUGAGGGCCCUACCUUAAGACCUGGGACUAGUUGGUGUGGGUGGGGGCUCCGACCAGGCUGUGCUGCCACCUGGCUGCAGGACUCGUGACGACCUUAUUGAGAGUGAGAGGUGUGCUGGCAACCCAGGCUGCUCGAUUGAUCCUGGAUAUGGGCAGAGGGGGGAAUCCUAUAUAUCAUAUCAGGGGCCCGGGGCAUCCGUUACAUGGGUUAUGUGGGAGGUGAGAACACUUUCACUUGGAUCUGGGACUGAGUGGGUUGCAGCACCUGCCUUGUGGGUAUGGGAGGGACGCCUUCCUAAUGCCCUUAUUUUGCCACAUUUUCUCACUUUUUCCUGAAGUUUCAUCUUUACUUACAUGUCUAUUUUUACACUAGUUAUGCUAUUGAGGUUGAAUUUUGCACUGUUGGGCUCAAAGGGCCGUUUUAUUGUGUUUAGAAGAGGAUUAACGAUGUGACUUACAGUUCGAACAAAGAGCCGCAAUAGGGAGUCAUGCAUGUACUGACUGGACCAGUCUCCGCUUGCUCGGGAUGGACCCCUUUAGGAUCAGAAAGGAGUUGGCCGGACCUGUCCCAACUGGGGAUUCCUGACCCCAGGCACCUUCUCCCAUUGGUGCUAAGCAUCAUUGAACAGGUGCGCGGAACUCCCUGUCCACUGGUGGUCUCGGAGUUCACAGCUCCCCGACGCUUCUACUCUCACCGCCACAGUGGGCGGCUGUUUGCUGCCAGUACUAUAUGUACUAAAGCUGUACCUCUUGGGUCUAUUUCCCUACUGUUCUUUCAUCCUGUCCCCUUCUCCACUGCUACUCCUCCCUCCCCUUCCCGAUGCCCCCCUGACUAUCGCACUGACACGUACACUCCUCUUGCUCUCAUGUCACUGACACCAGCUUCCUUAACCAUAUUGUCCAUAAACGCUAGGGGUUUGAAUAAACCCGAGAGAUGGACGGGGGCGCUAAGGGAUUUCCAAGACAGGGCCUCAGUUGUCUUUCUUCAAGAAACGCAUUUUCAGGAGUUGUCCGACCCAAAAUGACAAAUCACCAUUUCCCACGGGAAUACUAUAGCGACUUUCAAGGGGGCAAAGCCAGAGGUACGGCAAUCCUCAUGCAGCCUGUUCUAUCCUUGUAAGUAAAUUUGUAUUAAUUUUAUCUAUUGAUAUUUUUAUAUUGAGAGCACUAUUAGUUGUCUUUCUAUCCCUUUCCUUGGUUUGGAUAUCGCUCCUGAGGUGGACACUUGCUGUAUAUCCUAUAAGUGGGGAUUAUACCGCUGUACGCCUAUUACACUAGAGCUGGCUAUAGCUCACAUAAAUGUGAGUGUACUACCAUUAUUUCUACUUAUAACAUAUCUCUGAUCACAUUUAUUGCACUAUUCGCUGUCCUCCCUAUUUUGUCUGACAUAUGCAUACGGAGCGCUCGGAUUAAUUGACUCAUCGUUUCAACCUAGGGUCUUUCAUUUUUCUAUCAAGUACUUUAUAUUGAGUCUCAUCGAUGACUUAUAGUCACCUAUACAAGAGGAUCUCUUACUAGGACUAUCUCUACUAUUGAUAUUAUCUGAUAUUUUUUAUCUUUGGCGCAACCUUUCCUUGUCUUGUUUCACUGAGGGUACCCUGAUAGUGGGAGGAGAUUCUAGCACUAUGGUUUCCCUUUGAUUGUAUUAUUAAUGUAAUGCCAUCUUUACUUUAAUAUUAAGAUAGCUUUGUUAAUUUUUUCAUGCAUUUUUUUGAUUAUCAGACCUCUGGUUUUCUAAUUUUCAGAAAGUACUACCAAAUCUGAUGUCUCCUUAUGGAUUAUUUCCAUUUUACCUAAUUUGAUAUGUAGAUCUGAAAGAUUUUUCUCGUGGUUCUUAUUUUAAUACAUAAUCCUCUCAUGUGUCACUUUAAUGUGCAUCAAAGCACCCUGCGAUUGGAAUUGAGAAAUUGCAAUAAUUACAUUGCAGGAUUAACUCCACCUCUAGUGGCCGUCUGCUAAAACCCCAUAAAAAGCAUUAAAUCAAUUCAACAUAUGGGGUUGUCCUAAAGCAAGUGUUGCGCUCGCCACACAUGAGCAUUAGGUCCCAGAUGUCAGCCGACUGACAUCAGCGCUGAAUUCAUUAUACAUUAUAAAGACAACCUUUUUUCUGGGGACUGUAUGGCCUUUGAGCGUUGAUUGAUACAAAAUGAAGUGCCAUCCCAGCUGUAUCAACUCCUUCUUUCCAUAAAUCGACAUACUAAUUUGAUGUACCAACAUAACGACAAGAAUACACAUAACAAAUAUUAACCUCUCUCAUACUUAACUUGUGCGGAUAUUACAAACCCCGCACAACUAAUACUGCCCCAGCCACAGGACAAGACUGUGCUGUUAGAAAGUGUGACUCAUAAGAACUAUAUAGAUGAUUUUCUUUCUGCCUUUUAUCCGUUCCUUUCUCUUUCCCCUUCCUUUCUCCCUUGCUUCUUCUUCCUCAAACCUCACACGGAAAAACAAAAAACAAAAACCCAAAGAAAAGUUGCUUAAUAUUUCAGAAACCUUUCAUACAUCAAAUCACAUAAAGUGCUCCUUAUCAGAUAUAGCAUAAUAUUGCACACAAAACUACAUUCAAAUAAUUAUCACCUGUUAGAAAAGAAUAAUAAUAAAAAAAAAAAAAUAUUCAGGUACCUAUAACUUGCAAAGGUCAAUCAUGUGUACCUCAUUAUUGCACACAUUUUAAAUAUAUCUAUGAAGUCCUUAAAAAUGUCCCAUAGAGUGGUCCAUAAUCAUGUGUACCUCAAUAUCACACAACAAUCUUCCUUCCAAUAUUCCAUAAAAAAAAUAAAAAUACCUAAAGUGCUCCUUGAUCAUGUGGACCUCAUUAUUGCACAGAAGAUAUACCUUAAAUCACUUCAGUACACCACAAUAACCCCUUGAACCAUAAAAACUACGUUAUCCCUUGGAUUUUAAUUUUGUUAUUUGAAUCAAUUCCAAUGAAGUCAAUUUAUUAAAAUUUAUUACUGGGAAUUGAGUUAACCAGAUUUUUUGGCUUAUAGAAUCAAUGAAAUGAAAGGUGCAAAAACCCAUUUCUUGAAAAUCUACAAUGAUACGAAAUUAGUCCUUCAUUUUACUUUCCAGAUUUUGUGAUGCUGUUCUGUAACUCAUUAUUUGUUAGUUUGAUAUGUUCAUAUUCUUCCAAGAUUUUAUUGAAAAUAACACUUUAAGAAUGCAUUGAUUCCGAAAUUUGCAUUCCAUUGCAUUGAUUCUCAUUUCUCAGUUCCGAAGUGCGCUUUUCAAAAUCCCUUUUUAUCUUAAAGGAACACUAUAGUCACCUAAAUUACUUUAGCUAAAUAAAGCAGUUUUAGUGUAUAGAUCAUUCCCCUGCAAUUUCACUGCUCAAUUCACUGUCAUUUAGGAGUUAAAUCACUUUGUUUCUGUUUAUGCAGCCCUAGCCACACCUCCCCUGGCUAUGAUUGACAGAGCCUGCAUGAAAAAAAAACUGGUUUCACUUUCAAACAGAUGUAAUUUACCUUAAAUAAUUGUAUCUCAAUCUCUAAAUUGAACUUCAAUCACAUACAGGAGGCUCUUGCAGGGUCUAGCAAGCUAUUAACAUAGCAGGGGAUAAGAAAAUCUUAAUUAAACAAAACUUGUAAUAAAGAAAGCUUAAACAGGGCUUUCUUUACAGGAAGUGUUUAUGGAAGGCUGUGCAAGUCACAUGCAGGGAGGUGUCACUAGGGUUCAAAAACAAAGGGAUUUAACUCCUAAAUGGCAGAGGAUUGAGCAGUGAUCCUGCAGGGGCAUGUUCUAUACACCAAAACUGCUUCAUUAAGCUAAGGUUGUUCAGGUGACUAUAGUGUCCCGUUAAUAUAUGUUUUCCAUCAUUUCUGAGAGUUCGCAGUAGAUAAUGUGUUGUGGUGACUGAUCACUUCCUCCUGAAUGUCUAAAUGUGUGGGAAGAUUUAAGGUCACUUUGAUAAUCUUCUAUUUCCUUUGUUAUUUGUAGUUUGACUUUUAGUGGAGCAAAGUAUAUUAAAAUUGGCUUACUUUUGUUUGUAACCUGUGUUUUAUCCUUCUUUGGAACCAUAUUAGGACCUACAUAAUUAUGCAAUAGAAAAAACCACCAAAAACAAUUUGAAAAAAAACCGAGAUUGAAGAUCCUUAUAGUAGAAUUCAGAAAAUAAUUUAUUCCUUUGUUUUAAUUUAUAGCCUCUGGAGUUUAGCUCCAGAUUUUCAGAAAGGAAUUUCUCACCUUUUAAUCACUUCUGCUAUACGUACAGUAGGAUCCAUAGGAUAGAAACAAGAACAAUUUUAUCCAUUCUGUAAAUCAAUAAACUUUCCUCUGGUUUUCCCACUGUACUUCUGCCAAAGUUUCUAGUGCAGGAGAUCUUUCGAUAGGCAGUGAAUGAUAAAAAGUUGUUACAAGGAAUAAUUGUCUCACAGCUGUUAAUACUCUGACCUCUGAUUUUAACCUCUUAUUCUAUACAUACAAUGCAGUUCUUCAAACCAACAGGUAUUUUAAUCCAGAGUUUCAAAAGGAACCAGCACGGUUGAGCAGCUAAACAAUCAUUCAGGACCAUUAAAUCCUUUAUUUGAUUCUUGCUGAACGGCCGUCUCAGAGUCAGACGAUAUAUACUCACACUCUUGGGAUAACUUGUAGCAGCCUUGGAAAGGGAAAUUCUUUAAGCUCUGAUUUUACUCCAGGUCAUACCUUGCCCAUUGCAAGGCAUCCGCUACCAUCUCUGCUACUUCCAUAGGAGGCUAACACUAUUAACGCUUCCUUCAGCCACAACAACACCUCCUUGAGUGGACUAGUGGGCGUGCAUGCGUGCUGGGCAUUUUUUAAUCACAACGGCCCACUGAAAAGCAUCCGCAAUGACAAGCGCACCCCAUCUCAAAGUGAGCAUGUUGGUUCAAUGCUCUUCCAGGGCAGACCAUGAGCAGAGCUCUGCUGAAGACCUCUAGCAUGAGAAAAAGGCCCUGUAUUUGUUCUGCACAGUGCAAGCAAAUUUAAUAACAUGCUUGCGUUGUGUUUGCUUGAAACUUGUCUCUUUUCUGUCUCCAUAACUGGGAUACCAAGAGAGAAAAAAUGCCAGGAAAGAGUACUGUGCGACUAGAGUUCACUCUUGUGAGGCCCGGAGCGGAUCUCGCAAGAGGAUCCUGGCGGAGCUGUAAGAUAGAACUCCUCUGGGUCCUCUCCUGUCUCCCUCCCCUGCCGGUGGCCGCGAUACACUGCCUGAGGGCCGAUGAGGGAGAUCUUUGGUCUCCCCACCGGCUCGUCAUGGAACACAGAGGUGCCGGCAACCUCCCCUGCCAGCCUCGGCCCAUGGCCACCGCGGCCCACUGGGCAUUUGCCUGUUGUGCCCGAUGGCCAGUCCGGGCCUGGUGCUGGGCAUAUAUCAUGUUAGCACAUCCUGAUGAAUGCUGACUGUGCUUACAUUAUUUUAAUAGAAAUGCUUUUACUUCUAACUCUGGAGUGCUCAGUUGUCCAUUUUGAUUUAUCCCCCCUUUCCCAGCUUCUGUAAAAAAUAAAUUUUGUUUACUUACCUGUUAUCCACUAGCAAGACCAACUCUUCGAUUUAACUUUUUUCUGCCCGAGUAGGAUAAGGUGAGGAUCUUCCAGGCCAAUACAAGCCUCCCAGCUGUCCCACUCUGGGGUCCUUUCCUGCCAUCUUGCUUCAGUUCCCUGGUGUUCCGCAUCUAGGUACACCAGGAAACUGUCCCAGGCAGCACUAUGAGAAGCAUUUCAAAGCAAUGCUUCUGAAGCAUUGCACUAUGAGAAGCAAAGUGAGUAAGGAAGUGUCUACUCCUGGCUGUCUAAGCUGUCUAUGUACCUAUAUAUUUAUAAAAGUGCUUAUUGCUCUUGUAAUCAGCAGUUUUAUAAAAUCAGACAGAAGAGACACUCUGUUAAUACUAAAGUUGAAGUGCUUUAUGGGUAUGGAGUGAUCUAUUAGGCACCAUGUGCGCAGUCAGUGGGGUAAUAUUUGCUUAGAAACAUUCUCCCUAUAACACCAUGCAUUGUAAUUUGGUUUAUUGCCUUGUUAUCAUUACAAAAACAUUUUACAACUUAAAACAUUGGAGUAGACUUCAAUCAAAACCAAGAGUGUAAAAUACAGUAUUAUUCCAGGAAACAACAAAGUUAUCACAAUAUUAAUAAUUGCAUGCAAAGUCACGCUGAUUCUAAAAUGAUACUACAAUGAGCCAAUAUUCCUCUCAGGGAGCUAUGAAACACUUACUCUAUUGUGCUCCUUGCACAAAGCAUAUUUGCCGUCUGUAAUAGUAAGUGAAGCAACCUAUUUGAAUUAGGAGCAGGUUAUGGAAGGUCACAGGUUUCCCAAUAGCUUGGCACCAUGUUUUAUGUACUGUCACUUGCUGGUUUCUAGGUGAGAAAAGGCAUUCAUCCACAGUCCUAUUUUAAAAGCCAUAUUGUAAUCACUCAACAUGAUUAAGAAACAAAGUGCUAUCUACUUUACACACCUUCACACACACAGUGCGGAAAAUAAAUGUAAAAAAGUACGUACAUACACCAAAUUCCUUUCUCUUUCAGUUUUACAGAUGGACUAGGUUUGUAGUGCUUUCUCUUAAAAUAUAUAUGUCAGGCUUAUGCAAUGUAUGAUCAUAUACUGUAACUAAACCUCCAUUAUUUUUGCCCAAGUUUGGUGUUUUUAAAUAAAAAAUACGUUCUGUGAGCCUUGAAAAUGCUGUUUAGUGUGUGAGUGCGCUGGAUCUUGUAUGAAUUGGCUCAGGCAGCACUUUUCUAAUGUAUGCAUGUUCAGGUGAGUGCAGCCCUCUUGGAUUUAUAUAUAUUAUUUCCAUACUUAAUCUAUUAAUUUGUCCAUCCAUAAUCAUAAUUAAAAUAAAACUAAUAUCUCUGUAAAUCUCUGUGCUGCCUAUAUAUAUGUGCUCCAGAUAGGGUCAUGUCUGUGUAUUUUAUGCACUUUUCUACGUACACUAAAAAUGUGUGGACCAGAACACCGGUCUCAAAUUGUGUUUAUCCUGCUGGAUCCAGAACACUUGGUAGGUGUGUAGUAGAAAGGAGUCAGUUCAAGUUAAUGUGUCCACACAGGGUUUUUCACUUACGUAAGAAUUAAAAGUGACAUUCAAAUUUAAGGUCAAAGUAGCCGAACAGGAAGCAUAGCUGAAUUAGAGAAUUUUCCGUUUCAUUUAUUAAUUUAUUCGAAAUUCACUUUGUUAAAUAACAUAACCUUGUGACUUCCUUGUUCUCAUAUUUUUGUUAUUUUUAUUUUUUUUUUAUAUUAAGAGUAACAUUGUACACAUUGAAGGGACACUAAAAUCAUCACAACAACUUUAGUUUAAUUAACCAUUUUUGGUGUAUAGAUCAUGUCCAUACAGUCUCUCUGCUCAAUUCUCUGCCAUUUAGGAGUUAUAUCACUUUACUUAUGCAGCCCUGGUCAAACCUCCCUGCUUAUAACUUACUACAACCUUUCUAAACACUUCCUGUAAAGAGUUGUCUAAUGUUUACACUUCCUUUAUUGCACAUUCUGUUUAAAUUAGAAUUCUGUUAAUAGCUUGCUAGACCAUGCAGGAGCCUCCUUUUAUUUAAAGUUCAAUUUACAAGUCAGGAGAUAAAAACUUUUAAAGUAAGUUAUAUCUGAUUGAAAAUUAAACCAUUUUGUUUUCAGGCAGGCUGUGUCAGUCACAGCCAAGGGAGGUUUUGCUAGGACUGCAUGUACAGAAACAAAAGUGAUUUAACUCCUAAAUGGCAGUGAACUGAACUGUGAAACUUCAGAGGCACCCAGACUGUGUCAUUGAGCUGAAGUUGUUUUGGUGCGUCCCUUUAAUAUAAUUUGCUAGUUACAUUUUCUUGUUAGAACUGCUUUUGCCAUGCUUGACUAAACUUCAAUUGACAAAUUUCUAUAGCAAAAAAAGUUAAAUAUUUGCAAGGCUUCCCUUCCAUAGCAUGUAAGUUAAACUAAGAGACAAUGGUUAAUCACCUUAAUCCUUUAACUGCCAAUGGUUUUAGUUGCUUUGCCCCAGUCAGAGCAAUAAGGAUUAAACCACUAGCAGAGGAGGAAACCUAGUUAAGAUUGUUAACUUUAAAAUAAAAAGGUAAAGGCAGAUCACUUGGAGGAAGUGUCUAAGAAAAAAACACAACAUAAUAACAUUGAGGUACAAGGAAUAUUAAGAAUGACUGUGAUCUCAUAAGGAGUGCAAAAAUAAAUGUUUUCAUAAAAGGGUGUUCCCUUUUUAAGAUUCCCUUUAUCUUUGUUUUGGCUGUAAAUGGUCCAUAUGCCUUUGUAGCUAUAAAGAAACCAGCUCCCUAUGUAACUCUCAGGAAGAUAAACUGUGGCCGACCUGUGAGUUUUAAAAUCAAAAUUAUAUUGAUCCAAAAUAAACUUGAUAAACACACUAGUGUGUGUUAUCUAGAUACCCUAUGUCUAAGGGUACCAUAGCCACUAUGUUGUCAUUAAGUGGGUUUGAUUUAUAGACUCUCUUUAAAUGGUGUUAUAGAUGUGUAUGUCUUACAGUCUAUAGAUUAAAUUUUUUUAUUUUUUUUCUCCUGGUAUACAAGAGUUCUGUAUAGCACAACCCAUUCCCAAUCCCGUGCUCUCUGAACUCAGUCUGUUAGGUCAGCCUGGUGCCCUACCCUAUCCCUGACUGGCUCCGUAGACAUGGUAAGAACCCUAACAAAAUAUCCAGCAGGUAUGAAAAUAAACACUGGUGAUUAGUGAUGUCCCGAACAGUUCGCCGCGGACGGGGAACAUAAACAUAAACUUUGACCCUGUACCACAGUCAGCAGACACAUUCCAGCCAAUCAGCAGCAGACCCUCCCUCCCAGAACCUCCCACCUCCUGGACAGCAUCCAUUUUACAUUCAUUGUGAAGCUGCAUUCUUAGUGAGCGGUCCAGGAGGUGGGAGGGUCUGGGAGGGAGGGUCUGCUGCUGAUUGGCUGGAAUGUGUCUGCUGACUGUGAGGUACAGGGUCAAAGUUUACUCAAUGAUGAGUCCGCCGCGAACCGUUUGUGGCGAACCGUUCGCAAACCGUUCGGCGAACCGUUCGGGACAUCACUACUGGUGAUGUUUCUGCUAAACCCUGGAAUCUGUAUGAUAAAAUGAAGGGAGAUAUUUACUAAGCAGACCUCUAUAUGAGAAGUACACUGGUUUGCCAUCCCUUCUCUGAGACUCUAUGACUGGCAGUAUAUAAUAUAAGGAUCUUGAAAAAAAUGUUAAAGGCAGUGAUAUCAGUGGGAUAUUGGACAAAUUGUCUUGUUCAUAUACAGAUAGAUGCAAUAAAUCUGUAUUGCACAUUUCCCCAGAUGAUGUAUAUCACUCCAGCAGUCCAUUCUAAAUGACUGACUUGAAUAGGAGGGCUUGCCAGUAAUUGUUUUUUUCACAGUGGUGUACAAUGCACUCCCUAUUUAUUGUAUAUCAAUGGAAAAUGGAAUAGAAACAAAAUCCCAACCUAACAUAUAGACAGCUUUUAGUAAAGUAUGCACAUUCAUUUAAACCACAUUUUUUCUUUAAGUAUAACCUUUACAAAGUGCUGGGAGGGCUUGAACACCCUCCCAGUAGGCCAGCUGUCAGUCAUUGAUGGUUGGCAUCCUUGAACUGUAAACCAGGUAUUUGCCUAGAACAUACAAUGAAUAUAGAAAAAAUACACCAGCCACGUGUUAGUUGAGCUGUUGCUUGGCUUUCUGUUCAUUCAGUUAGAGGGAAAGGAGUGAAGAGCAGUCCACAGAAUUUAAAUAACGCUCAGAAAAUAUAAACACUAAGAUUAGAAUUUGGAAUUUGCACAUAGCAGCUGCUGCUCAGAACCAUAACUCCUACAAAUAAUUGUGUGUGUGUGUGUCUGUCUGUGUGUGUAUACAUAAAUGUUACAUAGUUACAUAGCUGAAAAGAGACUUGCUUCCAUCAAGUUCAGCCUUCCUCACAUAUGUUUUUGCUGUUGAUCCAAAAGAAGGCAAAAAACCUAGUCUGAAGCGCUUCCAAUUUUGCAACAAACUAAGAAAAAAUUCCUUCUUGACCCCAAAGUAGCAGCCAUAUGUCUCCUUGGAUCAAGCAGCUAUUACCCCACUAAUUAGAAAUUAUAUCCCUGUAUGUUAUGUUUUUGCAAGUAUUUAUCCAAUUGCUGUUUAAACAACUGUAUGGAAUCUGAUGACACAACCUCUUCAGACAGAGAAUUCCAUAUCCUUAUUGCUCUUACUGUAAAAAACCCUUUUCUUUGCCUUAGAUUAAAUCUCCUUUCUUCCAGCCUAAAUUUAGUGAUCUUGUGUCCUAUGUAUAGCCCUGUUUAUGAAUAGAUUUCCAGAUAAUGGUUUGUACUGGCCCCGAAUAUAUUUGUAUAAUGUUAUCACAUCCCCUCUGAGGUGCUGUUUUUACAAACUGAAGAGAUUUCAAUUUUUUAACGUGUGUAUGUGUGAAUAUAUAUAUAUUAAUAUAUAUAUAUAUAUAUAUAUACACACAUACAGGGAACUUGUCUACAUACUUGUCUGCGCACACUUGCCAGCAGACACAGAAUGUUCUGUUCUAACAUUCCAAUAUUACCUGUGUAGAGCUUGUCUCCUCCCCUGACCCUGUUUUAUCACAUAUACAAAGUUUUAAGGUUGAAGGUCAUAAAGAGGAAAGCAUGAUUAAUGGAAUUGCAAUCUUGUUUAAUGACUGAAGUUGUGUUUGUGCCUGAACACCAUGGCAGGAUUACACGUUUCUGUGAAUAGUGUGUUAUGCAAUAAAGCUUACGUAUUAGAGUUAAUUAUCUUGGAAGCUGCAUACAUUAAAUAAUUGUUCUUUAUAACUAAUCGGCUCUGCCUACAACAUUCCACACCCAUGAUUCCAUUAUAAAAUAAACCACACCUUUAUAUAUAUAGACAGAUUGUAAAAUUUUAUUUGAAGACACAUGAACAGCCUUGCUCCAGACGCUGACAAUAACCAGCUUCAAAUAUGUUGGAACGGCUCAGAAAGGUACAUGUAUUGAUGUGUAUAUAUAGGGGAGUCAACCUGUGUGUUACAUUUAAAUAUCAGUUUUAUAUUAGGUAUUAUUUCAGGUAUAUCAGAUUUAUAGGCAGUAUCUGAUUCUGGUACUGUGGAUGGAUUGUUAGUGUGAUUUCUUAUUAGUACAUUUAUAUAGAACUGUAGAUGCUGUACAACUAAUAAUAAUGUACUAUAACAAGUUUAUAUGUAUGGUGCUUUUAUUAGAUUACCGGUGUUUAUAAUAUUUAUUCAUAUUCUAAUCUAUUGGUGUAUUUUACUUUGCUUGUAUUAUUACUAGUUUAUCUCAGUGUGCUGUGUUUAUACUAUUAUGUUUUGUCUUUCUAAUUUUUGAUGUAUUUAUUUUAGGACGAUGAGAACCUCAAAUAUCUGACCAAUGAAGAAAAGAAUGCUCUCUUGUUCUUUGAGGAAACAAUUGAUGCUUUUGAAGAUGAUAUAGAAGAGCUACCAUUUUCCGAAAAUACAAGUUUUGGUUACUCUCCACGAUUAACAGAUGAUAGCCAUUCUGAGAGUGAGGACAUAAUUGACCUAGUACAACUUGACCACAGCCACGUAGAAAAAGACAUAUUGCAUGGUAUGUAUUUAGAUUAAAAUUUCUAACAUACAGUAACAUCUUCUAUAUACAUUGUAUACAAAUAUGAUAUGCUGAAGUGGUUUUGCUUUAUGUUGGCUUAGCUGUUACAUUUGUCUUCUGAUUUAUGUUUAUAAUAAUUCUGUAUUACAUUUCUUUAACUCAAUAUUUAUCUAUAUAACUAUAAAAUAACUUUACAUGUAACAAGGCAGUUUACAAGGAUAUCCUAUUUUUCAUAUUUAACCCUCUACAAAAAAGCAACACACAUUUAAAAGUAUAAAAGUAUACUGAAAUAGUAUUGUGGUCAAAGAGAAAACAGUUGUUACCAACUUACAAAAUAAGGGAUAAGGCAGUUCUUUUGAUCUAAAUAGCUAGUAACAUAGAGCACACUGCAAUGAAUUGAUAACCACAUUCUGAAAUUUAGGCUAUUGUAGUAAAGUUGUAAAAAUAGUCAAUGAAUUAACUGUUUAACAAACAAACUCAUGCAAUGCAUUAUAUUUUUUAUUGCUCAUCAUUUUUUUAAUUCCUGAGACAGGUGUAGGGUAGCUCUGUGCUGUAAUUAAAACCACAUGGCAAGGUUCACUAGACAGGAAAUGGAGAGACUGAAUGAUAUAACUGUACAUGACUGACCAAUACGGUAUUCUGUGUUUGCAAACAUGCUCUUUGGUAUGUCAUAUUUUUAGUGCCAAGAAAUUUAGCACAUUAGUAAAAUGUAAAUUAGCAAGCUUAACUGUUAUAUCAGGACAUACUUGGAAUUGAUAAACUUUACAAUGUAUCCUUACUGGUAAAAUAAUGAAUAUGCAAUUCCAGCACUGUGUAUUAUUAAAAUGGUAUAAUGAUUUUACUAGUGAAUUAAUUUUAUUUUUUGGCUGCCUCUGCUUUAUUUAUGAUUUCUAUCAAUUCCUGUUAGGUAAGUGUUUAUAUCAUAUAAUAAUUAAGUGGUCAUUGAAGUUAAACUUAUGGAAAUGUCCUUUUUUUUAUACAUAGAUUCAGGCAUGGAUGAUCGAAAACACAUUUACAAGGACACACAGAUGUCUCAGUCUGUAAUGCCUGUGAACUCACCCAUGACAGUCACAGCAGCAACUGUACAAACUGGCACUGACGGAUACUCUCCUGAUCUGCCUGGAGAGCAACGCAAGUUUCUUGGUGCUGUCCCAACACCUGUAGUAAUUGCUCAAAAGAUUUCAGAGAAAAAUGCAGAUGGAGGAAAUCUUUCUCCCUUAUCACCGAGGGUGUCAAAACCAGUUGAGUUUAAAAAAAAUGUUGGAACAUCACCAAUCAGUGAAGAACACUUCGUAUUCCCUUCAUCAGCGAGCCCCAAAAAUGGUCGUUUUCCAACUAAUAUUCACAUUAAACCAGUUGGAAAACAAUAUAACAAAACCAUUGCCAAAGCAGCAGUUAAUGUGCAAGAACGUAAAGCCCAAGUACUGGCCAACUUAAAUGGACCUGCUUUGUUUGCUGAUGAAAUAGAUGGUAAAGGUCAUCGUGAACAGCUGUCUCGCUCUCGGGGCUCAUCCCUUCGGGACGCAGCCAAUGAGCAAACCAGGUAUGAAGCCUUGACCAAACUUGGUUUAGUCAAAGAGAUCCCAGUUCAAGCAGAAAUUCCAAUAAGUCCAAAAUCUCCCAUUUCAAAUGGUCACCACUCUCCAAAGUUAUUACUGCCAGAAUUACCACGGAAACAUUCUGGUGACCAGGAAAGUAUAAACAGUGUUUUAAUGAGUGACCCAAGUCCAUUUGUUCCUUUGGGAAAAUCCAUAAUUAUCAAAGGUGAUGCAAUGAACAAACGACACAGCACCCCACAAUGCCUUCCAGAGCAGAAACCUCCAGUUCCUCAUCAGGAAUUGAGAAGGACUCAUUCUACUCCAAGACCUACUGGAUUUCGGCCACAGGGGAUUACAGUACAGUUCUCAGGGCGUGAUGCCUCUGAGGAAUCAAGAAAAGAUGCUCUUCGGAAACUAGGGUUAAUUAAAGACCUAUCUGGACAUUGAAACUGAAUUAUUCCCUCACAGACAUUAUGGAAUAUUGGUCUUGCAUUGGCUUCAGGGGAACAUUCCUAGACAACAAUCUCACAAGCACCCAUUACAUAAAUGUAUGUGCAAUGUUAAGCUUUUAUAAUGUUAUUUAAUUUUUAUCAGCCAAGGCGGGCUUUCUAUAGGAUACGAUUUUAAUAACACAUUAGUAAGAAAAGGAGCACAUGAGAGUGCUAGUAUCAUCAAAUAGCAUAUAUGCUAUAUUUCCAUCUUUUUGUGAUGCAGUUAUCCUAAUUGCUUCUAUUAAAAUGUAUUUUUUAUUUUGUUUCUGCUUAUUUUUUUCCUUUUGGAAAGAUAUGCAUACAUACUUGUGAUCAUCUUCCAGAAUUUCAAUCCAUUCUAAGAAUUUCUCAUAAAUCUUUAUUUUUUUAUCCAUUGGUAUCGUAACAAGCAAUUAUUUUUAUGAAUUUAAAUUUCUAAAAAUGAAUUGAAAUAAAAUGAUACAAAGCUUCAGGAGUGCAUGCAAAAUAUACAUUACAUUAAAACAAGAGAAACGUAUUUCCACUUGCUAAACAAGGUAUCACCUUUGUUGCAGUGUAAGUCACAAUCUGAUAAAUUAAAGAAAUACACAAUUAGUUUAUUCCCCUCUAUAGAUUACUUUUAUUAGAAGCAUUUUAAAAUGUCCAUCUUUUUUAGGUGUCUGUGUUUUUGUGACUUAAGUGACAAGUGAUGCAUUUAAUAAUCUUUUUCACAGAUCUCUCUAUUCCUGAAAAGGGACACCCAAAAGUACACAGAGGUUCAGAAUCUCCACUUAUGUUUUUAACUUUCUUUUGUGCAUAUGAACAAACUGUAUGUGCCUUUAAUCACCCUUUCUUCAUAGUGCCUUCCCCUCUCCAGUCUGUCAGGGAACUGUAAGUUUUGGAACAAUUAGGGAUGUUUUAUGUAACAUUAAAAACAUUCCUAAAAUUAAAUAAAAUAAAUGAAUCUGUCUUAAAAUGCUUCUAAAAAUAUAAUUUAAUUCUGUAGGGAGGGAAGGCACUCUUGUGUCCCAUUACCCAAUUCCACUAUGUUACUUACAACAUGGGUAUGAUAUUUAAUGAGAGAAUUAAUGCAACAUUCUGAUAAGUGUAUACUUUUUUAAAUAUUUGAUAUUAUUGUUUUAUAAAAAUUAAACUGUUGCUGUGAAUGGCUAUUCAAUAUAGAUAUUUAUUUAUGUUGAACUGUUCCCUCUUUUACAGUAUUUGGAAGCUUGCUCUGUUCUUAAAUGUCAAUAAAAUUGCCAACAGUUUGCACAAUUAUACUAUCAACACACAGAAUUACAAGCAUAUCUGCUGGUAUAUUAUACAACACACACAGUUUUGUAUGUGUCUGCAAACAUGUAAGUAAUAAUAAAUGGGAUUUUUAACAAAAAGCCAUUUAACUUAAUGCAAUAACAAUAUAGUAGUGCUUUUCAGCUCCAAGCCUAGAGGGUCAUACAUAGACAUUGGUUAGUCCACCACUGUUUAACCCUUGUGGUGCAAGCUGAACUCCAGACAAAUUGAAAUGUCCUGUCUAUAUAGCCCUGAUGUAAAAGUGGGCUCUUAAGGAGUAGUUGUUGACACAAACCGUCACUGGCUCUAUAAAAAGAGUCUGCCCUUUCUAGGAUUUUUUUUACACCGUGUUUACUUUUUUCCUAUAUUUAACAAAUGUUUACUUCUGAUUUGUGAAAAAUAAAAUGAAAUGUAGAAGUUCACAUCUCUUUAUCUGCAACUGGGCGUCUCCAUCUUACCUCCCUGUCGGUCAUUGUUUUAAGAUCUGUUUUUUUUUUGUACGUGGUAGUAAGCAUAGGGAAAGCUUGUAAAGAAAAAGAGAAAUCAUUCCGGGUUCAUACUGCUCCUCUUCACAUGCAAUCUCUGCCCUGGAUUUGAUUUGUCUGAACUGUGUUAAGGUGUCAUUUGCUAAACAUGUAUUACAAAUUUAAGUUAAAAUGAAGCACAUCUUCAAAUAAAGGUUAACACAAGCUAUAGGUGAUUUUCAAUAUGUUAUUCAAUGGUGUAAAUUCCAGAGAAGGGACAAAUCCCUUUUAAUAUUUAUACAACCGGGCCCUGCUUUAGGCACCUACACUAUUCAUGAAACCUUACAUUUUUGAGUUAAGUAGUAUUCCCUUCAAUACUUUGUAUAAAAAUAUUUGGAUGUAUUGUAUGGUAUACAACUAAAUCGUCUAUGGAAACUUUAAAAAUACUAAGAAUCUCCCAUUUAAAAGAGCAAAAUGUUAACCAAAAUCUGAGGUUUAGUCACAAUAAACAAUGAAUGGUGAAUGGCAAAAUGGCUAAUCAGCAACUACAGCUACAGAGUUGCUAUGGAGACUAUAACUACUUUACAUAUAUUUUUUAAAUUCAUUUUAUAAUGCACUACAAUUUGGUUUGAUUCCACAUCUAAUAUUAAGUAUAUAAAAAUGCUGAUAUCCACAUUUUAUCCACCCUUACAGACAGAAAAGGAGACAGAGUUUUAAAAUUAACAGUCGUUGAUAGUUUGGCUUGUUCCCUUUCUUAAUCUAUGUACAUAUAUAUAUGUUGUGUAUGUAUACAAGUUUAUCAUUUAAAUAUAUUAUGGUUUUCUAUAGGCAAUCAGCGUGUCAGUUCAUUAAGCAGUGGAAACUGUGUAAAUCACAAGAGUACACAAGUCUGUUCUUGUCACCUGUUCAAGCACUCUAGAUCUCCUUUAUAAGCAUGAUUCUUUGAAGGGAACGCUACAUCCCCUGCCCCUUGAAUGGGAGUAUCCAUCCUAGUUUAUUAUUAGUCCCAUCAUAAUACUAAUGAUCAGGUUAGAGAAUUUAUAUUGUUGCAGAGAUUUUCAUUUCCUCUUUUGUCAUUGACAGCUACCAAGUGUUGUGUUUUAAAGAGGCACUUCGUGCAUCUACACAGUGACACAGUGAAUUUUAAAGUAUUUUCUUUGAUAUGUCUCUUUAAUAUGCUCUUAAUCUCCUUAUUAGAAAGAAAAAAUAUCCAACAGAAUCCUUAUCUCUUUAAAUAGCUUCCAGUAGCCAGGUAUGUGACGUCUAGGUAUUGUGUAGCAUGCUCAUGUGUGUGCAUAUCUAUGUGAUAGAUGUUUUAUAACCAAAAAUAGGAGCCCUCACAGGACUUUUCUUCAAUUAAUAGUCUUCUUUAAUUUACUCAAAACAGCUUUUGAGAAUGAAUAUAAUUCACAUGGACACGUAAUCAUGUAUAUUACAUGGUCUGUGACACAUAUAUAUAUGCACACAUAUUACCAUUAAUUAAGUUUAAGUGGUUUAGUGUAUUCCUCUCUCUCCCUUUCUGCCCCCCAGUCCUACAGAUGAGUAAGGGUAGAAAGAAGUAACGAAGAAAGCUCGUACUGCAAAUGUCACAUCACAUUGUGUAGUACAGAAUUUGAAAAUAUGAAUGACAAGUUAAAAUAACAGGCAAAUCAUGUCAUGUAUAUCAGGGCUCAAAUUUUAAGUGCUAUGCUUCCAGCCAGGUUUAAAAGUUACUUAUCACUGUAAGGAUGAAGAGUCCAUAGCACUCUCACCAGGGGUAAAUGUAUGUUCUCCAAGCCUAAUUUGUCCCUUUCUAGUGUGCAAGUGGAAUUUUUGAGCCCUGGUGUGUUUCUUUAAGCAGCUGUGACUUUACUACAGAAGUUCACUUUUGGAUUUUGAAAGCUGUAGCAAUAGCUGUUGUCUCAAUAUGAUUUUUACUAAAGGACAGUGUAGGAGUAGGUGUGAGGCUUUUCUUGUAUAUAAUAUAAAAUCAAUUUAAAGUUACCUGUAUGUAUUCACAGUCAUAUACACUGCUUGUGCCUUUAUAGUCAGAUUUAUAUUUAUAACAUGUACCAUGUUAAAUACGUUUAACUUUAUAUUUUAUUAAAACACAUCAAAGUAUAAUGUGAUAUGUUUUUCUACUCUAAAGUAUGUUGUGUAUUUUUAUUCUUUUAAAAAUAUUUUUUUCUGAACUUAAUUUCAAAAUUACUGAAAGUAUAUCCUAAAACUGUUUGGUUUGAGACACCUGAUUUAGAAAACGAACUAUACUCAUUCCCAUCCAAACUAAUCCAGUGCAAAGCCACUACAAGUAUCACCUAAAUAUACAGGGUUAUUCACAAAAGUGAAAUUCCGAAUGAAUUUCAAAUUGAAGGCUAGAGUAGCUGAAUGGGUAGUAAAGGUGACAUAGAGAAUAUUUCCAUUUCUGCUAAAUUCACCUUAAAUUUGAAAUUCACUUUGAAUUCACACUUUAGUGAAUAACCCAUUUGAAGAAACCAAGCAGCCACACACAUACUUUAUGGCAUUGGCAAAGGAAAACCAGCAACAUUUUGAAACAUACUGUAAUUAUACCUAAAAAAUGACAUAUGUUUUGUUUAUAUUUAUAUUUGCUGCUGUUACAAUAAUAUUAUUUAUAUUUCUAUAAAUAAACCAUUCUCUACUUGA